UAGUGGAGCCCUAACUCUCCACUCCUCAGCGCCCUCCUUCCUCGGCUGGGCGCUUCUUACUCCCGCCCACCCCCAUCCCACCUCCACCCCCCGAAGCCUCAAUAGGCGGCGGAGGAGACUGGGCAAUCACAGCUUCCUCGGCUGCCCUCCCUUGCCCAUCGGUCGGUCGUCGGUCCCGCUGCCAGUCUUCCCUUAGGUCCAGGUCCCGCCGCCGCCAUCACCGCCGGUUAAGGCUCAGACGCUGCCCGGCUCUCCUACUUUCCCAGAGAUGAUGGAUUACUCCUACGACGAUGAUCUGGACGAGCUUUGCCCAGUCUGCGGAGACAAGGUAUCCGGCUAUCACUACGGGCUGCUCACCUGCGAGAGCUGCAAGGUAAGGGCCGGCCGUCGAGGGACAGCGACCCGCUCGGGACUGCCUCCCGCAGCGGAGAAAGGGGCUUAGUGGUCGUCUUCUUAGGAAGGAGAGAGGGGAGAGCGUUGAGAUCAGGGAUCCCCAAAUUUGGACCCCCAAAAAUGUUUCAGGGCAGCAGGGUGGGCUUGUGGGGUCCGAUGCCCUUCUAAAAAAAAUUGCGGGCUCCCCCUUCCCCAACGAACUCCGCUCCACCCGCCGACUGAAUAAUGACCCCCGGGUGGGAUUAUCAUAAUAAAUGCCGCAUUGAAAAUGGGAUAUCGCCCGGGGCGUCUUAACUGCAGCGCCCUAAAACACCCCAGAGCAAAACCGUCGGUGCAGAAAAUUAUGGUGGCGUAUUUUAAUACAUGACGCUGGACGUGCGUAUUCAAAAGAGGUUCGUCUCUCCGCUAGGGACGGGGUUUACAAAUAUUUGCAGGGCAAAACGGCGAGAACGGGAUUGAAAUGAAAAUAAUUAGGACGCAAACAAAAUUUGAAUUAUUAUCGCUAUCACUGCCUCAUUGUUAUAUGAAAUAGUGGUAACUGCUUCAUUAUUAUUAAAGUUAAUCAUUAAAAUAAAGCCAUGCUACUAAUAUGAGCAACAUAAACGCAAAUAAUUAUAUUGAUUAAAAUAGCUCCAAAAUUAUUGUUAAACAUAUUUUUCUUAAGCACCAAGCCAUCCUCAUCGAACUCUGGAUUACCCGGAGCUUCCGAGCAGUAUUUCAUUAAUCCCAGAAUCUUACCAUAUUCUGUUGAAAAUCCCGGUACAUAUUCCGACCUGUAGAAGCUUCACUCGUCUUAAUUUUCUGGGGCCCAUGUCUGUAGCGCAGCCCCACAGCGCUCGCCCUGUAGAACCCACAAUACGGUCUCAGUUCCUUUGGGGUUUCUGUUUUCGAUCAUUUGUGAUAUUUUAGAGGACUGCGAAUGUUUAUCACUUCUUCUCGAACCCCAAUUUUACGGAUGGCGAGUUUUAAGGAGUCCGUGAUCCGGAGCCAAAAAUCGCAUGUAACGCCGAUUUGAUGCCAUUCCCGUUCAGGAGCGAAGUCUGUUCCGGGGAGGGGGUGGGGGCCGGGGGGGCAAAUGCUUCCCGUGCGCGGCCUUUUCGUCCCUAAAACUCUUUUCGAAAAAUGCGCGGUAGGAAUUCUUUGGAAAUCUUUUCUGAGAAUGAAUAAAAUGCUUCCGGAAUAAACGAAAUCGACUGAUCUGAGGGCGACUCGAUCAGGAAAUGUGUCCGGGAAAAUGCAUCCCGGUCUGGAGUUCUCAAAAGGUGAUUCAAAGAAGGAGAUUCGUCUUUUAGGGAACCGCAAGUCUUAGCAGUAAAUAUUAUUAAGCGCCUACCGAAAACUGAACCCGCGGGCGCCUUUGGGGAUCUGGGGACACUUUCCGGUGAGCAGCGUGGGCACCUCAGGGUGUGGAUGUGACGGCAAUUAUUUUCCAAGAAAUUGUAGAUUUUUAGGCGCGGGGAAAUAUAUGGCUGCGCGAAAGACGCGCGGGGACCCUGCGCGCCUCUUUCCCUGGAGCCGAGCGGGGGGAACCGAAUGGAGCCCCGGAGCGCUGCCCUCGGCCCCUCUGUGCAAAAGGCCUGGCGGUGCUCAGGACCAGACCCGGCUGGCCCGCUCCGUCCUUCUCUCCAGGAACGGAGAGGGGUCUCCGGAGGCCGCCAGAGGACGGUGCUCGGCGGAGCCCCUGCAGGGAAGGGCCGCUUUGCAAGCGGCGGGUGCGGGAAGGGUUAAGGAGAAAUUGGGGUGGGGGGUGAGGCGAAUAUUGAAUGUUGCCCUCCACCCCCUGCCGGAUGAUGACACCCGGCAACACCAUCCCUUUAAAUGUCUGUUCUUGGUCAUUUUUCUGCUUUGUGGAUUUAUUUAUUUGCCUGACGUUCUUCUGUUUUUCUUCGUUCAGUUCGGUUUAGUUUCUUUCCGUUUCCCGCGUCCUCCCUUGCUGUCUCUAACGGUGUUUUUGCUUGCUUGCUUGCUUGCUUGUUUUGAGACGGUGUUUUUGAGAUUCCUGCCUUAAUGGUGGGACCGAGGAAGGUGGGGGAGGGAGAGACCCAGAGACGGGAGCCUCAGUUUACCAGGAUGCGUCUCGGGGUAUGUCUGUCACAUUUGUCGUGAGGCCCCCACAAAGGAAGGCCAAGAUCCAUGGAGUCUCUUCAAGCUUCUGGAGGUGUGUCUGUGGGGGGGGGGGAGAAUCGGCAGCUCCAGCUUGAACUAUGCGAUCGCCCCCACCUCACCACCAGCGAAAGGGAGAUGCGCUUUCCCUGGGGGACUGACAAUGCCCUAAGCGCCUUGCGGGGGUGGGGUGGGGGGUUGCCAGUUAGGUCCUGAGAGAGACUCUAGUCUUAAGAAACAUCUGCCACCCUGUCUCAGUCUCUGGCUGGAAAAAGUGUAUUCCUUCACUUACACUCCAGAAUUAUAAUUAGAAUUAUUAAAGGUAUUGCUCACUCUUCACCAGUAGGUCCCAGGACGGCUUACAGCAAUCUGAAAUUCAGAAUUAGCAAUUGUGUGGUAAGCCGGCACUGCCUCCCCCUCCUCCCGCGUGGUUCUUGCAGUUUAACAUCCUGGCUGAAGGUUAGAUUCCAGGAGGCAGAAUAUGACAGGGCCUGGGGUAUCUGCAGACAGGUGUCGGGCUGAAGCGAGGGGGCCGGGGCGGUGGAGCCAACCGAGGAACCGUGCGCGUCUUGCCUUCUGAGAGGAGACGCGCUCCUGAGGCUCCCUUUCUCCAGGGUGAGACCACCUCUUCUAGGGAUUCAUCCCCGGAGCUGAGCCGCCCACCUUAUUCUGAGUCGAAGAUCUUUUUAUUUAAUUGCCUGAGGUUGUGACGUCACCGGCGGCUUGCAGAAGUUCACAAGACAAAAUGACUUGCUGAAAUGUGCUUUAUUUUAAAUAAUCGCAAUAUAAUGUGAUUCUCCUCCUUAUGUGGAGGUGGUGAUGGAAUAAUAAUAAUAAUAAUAAUAAUAAAUUAUUUUUACACAGCCCAUUUAAUUGGGUUGCCCUAGCCACUCUGUGGGUGGCUUCCAGUAUAUAUAAAAACAUAGUAAAACACAGUAAAACAUUACACCUUAUAGAGCUUCCCUAUACAGGGCUGCCUUCAGAUGUUUCCUAAAUGUUAUAUAAUUACUGAUCUUCUGAUGGGAGGGUGUUCCACAGGGCGGGCGCCACCACCGAGAAGGCCCUCUGCCUGGUUCCCUGUAGCUUCGCUUCUCGCAGUGAGGGAACCACCAGAAGGCCCUCGGUGCUGGACCUCAGAGUUCUGGGUUCUUGUCGCCCCUCCUUGAUAGGAGUCAGGGAGGUGGCGAUGGUGGGGGCCAGAAUGGGACAGCUUGAUUAGACGCUAAUUAUUAUUGUAGCUGUGGUCUCCAAAGGGGUCCCUGGCCUCCCAGUUCUCCUCUGCUCCAGCCAGCAUGGCCACCGGACUGGUUAGGGGUCAUGGGAGUCGUACCCUUUGCUAUCAAGUGCUUGGGUCCGCGGUGCCGCGGUUAUUGUCCCCGCUCAGCCCUGAAACUCUCCCCGGUUGCUCCGCAUUUUCCCCUCCUCUCACGUUGCUCCAUCUCUGCUUUGCUCAAAAGUCUUCCUCUUCCAUUCCCGAGCUGUCUCAUGUGUGAUCAUUACAUUACAUUACAUUACAUUACAUUACAAUCAUUCCUGGUGCAAUGUGUGGUCUUCUGCAUGUAGUUCCAAACUGUGAUAAUUUAGAACAGGUACUUUAUCAUAAGCAAACAUCCAAACAUGGAAACUAUUAUUUUAUUUUAAAAGCCACAUGUUCGAUCCCCAGUAGGGCUGGGACUGUCCCCUGCCAAAAAUCCGUGAGCUCUGCUGCCAGUCCAUACAGGCAGCGUUGAGCCAGGUGAACCAAAGUUCUGCCUAGGUAUGCGGCAGAUUUCCAUUUUCCUGAACUGCUAAGAGCAAAAAAAUUAACAUGGUAUAAUCUUCUUCAUCAGAUGCAUAUGGGGACAUGACUCUUGGGUUGUGGUAUUGUUUAGAGAUUGUUGUUGUUUAUUGUUUACGACUACUUUUGUAAUGUUUGUAAUUGUGUUGUUGUUUUUUACAUGUUGUAAACUGUCUUGAAUAUGGUUUUAACUUUGGAAAGGCAGCACACAGAUAAAACCAUUGAAAGACAGAGAGGACGUUAAGUGUGAAAUCAGAGGGAAAUUAAAUGGAUUUAUGAUUAUUAAUAGUAUCACUAUCAUCUUACAAAGGGCCCCAAAGUAUAAAGUAAAGACAAAAACAGUCUAUGCCCACAGACUCACCAUCAGAGAGACAUGGCACAAAAGAAAUAAACAACGAGGAAGGCAGAGGAAAGCAAGUGUUGGAGCAGUUGCUUCCUGACUGGCCCACGGAUGGGGUCAGGUCGGUCUCCCCUUUGCAGUGUUGCUGUUCCUUGAACAGUCCUUCAGAUACCCGUGAUAAAGGAUGCAGAAAUGGUUACUGUCGCCCUUCCCAGAGCAGAGUUGAUGAUCAUAAUGCUUUGGUACACGUGUCGUGGGGUACACUCUCACAGGCAUGCAGGUCUCCCGAUUCCACCCUGCCGCUUUCCCAGUUGCCCCCCCCCUUUCCCCCAAAGAGCGCCAGAGGGAACUGGGUUUUGAGAGAAGGAGCAGAGCUAGCUAUCUAAACCAGAAGCAGAAGCAGCAUUAUUUAUUAAACUUGUAUACUGCUCUUCAUCCAAAGAUCCCAGGGCGGUUCACAACAGAAAAAACACAAAAUGGGGGCACAAAUACAUAAUAAAACAUAAACAAACAAACAAACAAACUCCUCUCCCAGAAACACCUUUAAAAGGACACAGAAUGUUAAUCGGCUGACAAGAAGAAGAAGGGUCUCAGGUGAUAUAGUCUUCUCCCGCCUGCACGCGAGCUUCAUCUGUUUCGGGGUUCACCGUAAUUCCUCAGAAUCAUAGGCUGUGCUCUGGAAGGUCUGGCAUAUUCACUAAAGCGAGAGUUCCACUGGGCAUACUCAGAGCGCAUGUUUGAAUCCUCCUCCCAAGUGACAGCUGCUUUGGGCAGAGCGGGGCUUGCAAGGCGAGGGGUGUGGGACCCACCUGUGACCCCCCCCCCCCGUUCGUGGGGAAUUCUUCGCGCUGCCAGACUCCUUGAACUUCUCACAAUCCCCCCCCCCCCGCAUAUCUUGUCCUCAGGGCUUCUUCAAGAGAACCGUGCAGAACAGCAAGCACUACACGUGUACGGAGAACCAGAACUGCAAGAUCGACAAGACGCAGCGCAAGAGGUGUCCCUAUUGCCGCUUCCAGAAGUGCCUCGUGGUGGGCAUGAAACUCGAAGGUGACUCCCGUGGGCAGAGUCGUGGGCGGGCGGGCGGGCGGGCGGGGGGCGAGUCUUUGCAACACGGAAGGUAGGUGCGGACGCGAAAGCGCCUUCUGCCAAGGGGGCGGGGAGGGAUCCCGACAUCCAGCCUAAGUCCUGGAUGCUGCUGCCUCUGAGGUGACCGCGGCCAGGAGGGCUUUUGCUCCGGCCCAAACAGGACGUGGGGACGUGGGACUUGACGUGGGCGGGAGUGCGUGGAAGGACCGGCGACUUGACCCCUACCGGCCAAUUUUCUUCCUCGUCCCCCCCCCCCCUUAACCCCCGUUGCUUUUCUACCUCUGAGGGAGCGAGGAAGCAAAACAUAUAGGUAUACAUGCAUUUCCUGCCUAGGUCGUGAGAAUGCAACACCUUCCCUGGCCAGGAGGCGCGUUUUUGAAAAGAGCGCGCCUUCACGCACAGCGUCCACCCAAACAACAGUGCCAGGUGGUUUAAAAGAGACUUUUUGAGAUGUUCUAGAUCUGCUUCCUUUAUAUCUUUAGCCUCUUUCCCCUCUACCCACCCCGUCCCCUAGUAAUCCCCCCCUUCUCCUUCUGCUGGGUUUCCAUGUGUCCCGUGUGGGUCUCUAGAAGAAGGGCAGGGACCUUACCCUGCAAGGACUCUUGGAAGUGAGACCAUGUAAAAUGUAAAGGAGCUGAGUGCUUUUUCUGUGUAUGCUGUCAAGCUUAGUUGCAAGCCACAAUAUCCUUAUUACUAUUAAUUCCGUGUUCCAUUUGAGCGGAGGUCCCCUGAGGCCGUUAUCAUCGGGAAAGUCGGAUAAUGAUGACAGUAUUCUCGUGGUUCCUCAGUGACCAACCUGGAAGGCUUUAAAAGAGGGCGGGACGAAUCCAUGCAGGAUUAUAAGGCUAUCCGUGGCAGCAAUGCUUUCAGACGUGCUCAGAUCCUGCUCGCGUGUUUCCCAUGGGGGUAUCUGGGUGGCCACUGUGAGAACAGGAUGCGGGACUGGAUCCCCCCCCCUUGGGUUCCUCUUAUGUUCUUGAGGCAAAAUGCCUGUGCAGCCUCUUCUGACGCUCUUAUGUCCAAAGAGCGUCUCCCCCCCCCGCGUCAUAAUGCUGACUCUUUAAGAGCUAGGGCGAUAAUUAAAUCUGGCGGGAGUCCAGUCCGCCCCCGUCUCGUUGACCAGGCCCAAUUCCUGAUGCUCGGCUCGCUUUGCUGGAGAAGUCCUGGAAAAACCCCGCAUUUAUUUUUAUAUUGCUUUUAAAGCCCGAGCUCCGUUUCCACUGAGUGAUCUGAAGAUUGGUAUAUUUCCCAUUUAGAGUCUAGCAAUUAAAAGGCCGCAGUACCGAUUCAAUGCACACUAUUUGCUGGUACUCCCAGUUUAAAACCCGACUUCCCAGCUCCGUUUCCGCUGCGCGUUGCUGUCCUGUUCCGGGACUUUCCUGCCUUAGAGAGCAGAGCGGAGGCUUGCCUGGAAAGCAGGCUUUGAGCGACAUAAAGUGAAAGCAAAUUCCUCCAUGGGGUGGAAAGGAGGGGGCGAGGCUGGGCGCGGGUCCCGGGGGAGACUGCUCCACAGCAUAGUAGUCUAGGUCUGGAAGGACACGUGUCUCCGGGAACCAAUUGGGGUUUCAAAUAAUAAAAAUAGGAUAAAAAUAAACACACAGAGAGGUCACGUGAGAGCCAUCUUCAAAUACCUAAAGGGCUGUCGCAUGGAAAAUGGACCAUGCUUGUUUUUUCCUGCUCCGGAGGGCAGGACCCGAACUCAUGGUUUCAAGAGACAAGGCAGGAGAUUCAUUUAGGCUCAGCACCAGGAAGAAAUUUCUGACGGCCAAAGCUGUUCGACGGCGGAAGGGUCUCCCGCGGGAGGUGGUGGUCUCUGCUUCCUCGGAGGCUGGAGAGCCACCUGUCAGGGGUUCCGUAGUUGUGAUUCCAGGGGUUGGACUAGAUGACCCUUGGGGAGCCCUUUCAACAAAGCCCAAGUAAAGGCUACCAAUUUUAUCAGAUCAUGAAGGCUAGUUCCAUAGUUGCCAGGCUUGCGGGGAGGGUUGUCUUGAACAGGAUGGUUCUGUUGCCUAUGUCAUAAAGCAAUGCCAAAUCAUAUAAAGUGUCCCGAGGUUCUACUCGUUGUCAAAAUCUCAAAUAUGUGCGUUUCUCUCCAUUAAAGCUGUAUCCCAGAGUGUAUGGUACAAAGUGUCCAGUGUAAGAUUUUGGGCUGUUUCCCACUGAGCUGCAAUUAUUAUUAAUAUUAAUUAAUAAAUUAAUUACAUUUCUAGACUGCCCUUCGUCUGAGGAUCACAGGGCACUUUACAAUAUAAAAUCACAAAGAACACAUUCCUUAGCAACAACUGAAAAACAAUAUCCCCCCACAGUUUAAAAGGCCACAGAUGAUGAUGAUGAUUAUUAUUAUACCUCACCCUUCUGGUUUGGUUUCCCCAGCCACUUUGGGUGGCUUACAGCAUAUCUAAAAACUGGCUGAAGAGGAAUGUUUUUUCCUGGCACUUAAAGAUAUGUAGAGAUGGCACCAGGCUAGCCCCCCAUGGGGAGAGUAUCCCACAAGUGGGGAGCCACCACAGAAAAGGCCCCUUCUCAUCUUGCCGCCCUCUGGACCUCUCGUGGAGGGGCCACAUGAAGAAGGGCCUCAGAGCUUCUGGACAGAAGCGGUCCUUGAGGAGUGGGGCUCCUGCGCCAUUUAAGGCUUUGUAGGUCAAAACCAGCACUGAACGCGGCCUGAGGCCUAAGUGGCAGCCACUUGGGCCACAGUUGGCAUUAUAUGCUCAAACUGUCUUGUUCAUGCUGCCAAGGUCAUAUAUAAGACCAAUUCUUUUGACAAUAUAUUUACAUUUGCAUCAUCAAAAAUAUUCAGUAACAUUAAGUUUGGGCAACGAACAAUAGUUUCUAUAAAUAGCAAUAUUUAUCAUUCAUGUCAAGAAUAAAUUCCAAAAAUCUUGCAACAAAUUACAGUAAAUGGUAAUAUGUACAAAGUUUAUUGCAGUCCCUCCAACUAGUAGGUGAUAAAGAAGGAAACAUUUUCGACAUUUGCAAAGGAGUGCAAUACCAUCUGUGCAGUAAUUUCAAGGACUUUCCCCAAAGAAAUCUGGAAGCAGAUUUUUCAGGGCUGUGAUCCCCAAAUUUUAUUCCCAUCCUUGGGAAUAAUUUGUGUGCAAAUAUCUAGUUCCCAUAUCUUUUUGAGGGGGUUCCAUAGAUCCAUUGAUAACCUACAUUAAGCAAUAUAGAGUAUAAUUAAAAUCUAAUCCUUUCCCUCCUCUACCCAUUGUAAUUUUCAAAUUUUGUUAAGGCGUGAAUGGUUUUUUUACACACUCCUCACCAUCUCCAGUUGCACAUACAAACUCAGGCAUACUCAUGGGUGAACUGUGUGAUAAGCCAGUGGUGAUAGGGUUUUCGUGUACAUGUGUGGGAGAUACUUUGUGCAUGCUCAGAAGCACCCUCUACACAUAUCCCAAGGCAUGUGGAUGAAAGCAGGCAGUGGCAAGAAGGGGAGUCUGUGUGUUUGGGCACUAGGGGUAUAACGGUUUCCUGUAUCAUAAAGGGAUGCGCUUUUGCUUAAAAACACUGAAAAAGGGACUAAUUGUUCUCAGUUAUUGAAAAAGCUUGCCCUGAAAUGAAAAGUUGGAAACAUUGUAUAUGUAAAGUUACUACUCAUAACUAUUAGCACUUUUAAAAACUUCAUGGAACUGUUUAUAACUUUUACAGCUGCCUGGAACUUCCUUAAACUGCUGAGAAUGUUCAAGAAGAAUCCAGAUAUUGGUCUAUAUGGAAAGAUUUCUGGACAAACAACUAAACUUCUUAAUUUUUAAUAUUUAUUUCUGUGGCAAUAUACAAUUGUGGCUGGAGAAACCCAGUUGGAUGGGCAGGGUAUAAAUAUAAUCAUAAUCAUUACAAUGUCGCACAAGAUCCUCAAUUUAUUCUCAGCAAUAAGAAGUGAUGGACCAUGUAUAAAAUAUUGUACAUGUAUUAGAAAAUUUGCAAGCUCCAUUUUUCCUGUAUACAUGCCAUGCAUAAUACAUUAUACAGUUACAUCUACCAAAAUCGAUGUAUUGAUUUCGGGGUGACCUUUUUUCAAAAGGUUUGGAAAUGACAGUUCGUUCCUUUGUUUUUAGGCAAAAGUUCAUCUAACUAAGCUACAGGAACAUGAGGUUGUAAAAAAGUUAUAACCCUAGCGGACACUUCCCUUUCCAGAGAUCCCAGGGGAAAGGAAUAAAAAUAAUACUGCAUUCAGAUUUGUUUUUUUGUUUAAAUCCCAGCAGUCCGGACAUUUAUUCCGGCGGGUGCUCAGCUUUUUCUACUGUUGCAAGGAAAUAGCCUCCUAUCCUGAGCAGUACUGAGUGUCCAGCCAAGCAGGGGACUGGGAUGCGGGCCUCACUGGAGUCCCUUGGCCACGCCCAUUGCGCAGAACCUGCCUGGCCGGAGCCCCCUCUGACAGCAGGCACCAUGGGGGGGGGGAGAGAUCUGCUCGGUGGUGAAGUGCCCCCACUUUGCAUGCCAAAGGCUCCAGGUUCAAUCCCUGGCACACCCCCCCUUAAAAGGACCCUUGGCCGGAGAGCUGCUGCCAGCACAGCAGACAAUACCGGUGGGUUAGAUGGACACCAGUGUCCGCAAGAUUCUUCUGUUCUGUGCCUUGGCGGAGCAGGUGAAACCUUGGGCCUCAUCCCGGAGGUUUCUGAGCUACAGUUCCCGUCAGCCCCAGCUGAUGGGAGUUGUAGUCGAAAAUAUUUGUUUGCAUUUAUAUCCCACCUCGUUCUCCGAGGAGCUUAAGGUGGCAGAGGUACAGGGUUCUCCCCUGUUUAAUCCCAUCUAGCAAUACCACUGCAGUGCCCUUGAGUGCACGCAGAGUGCCCAUACCUUUUGAUGCCUUGCGACUGGCCUUAGCCUUGCCCGCGUCAGGUGGGCUUCGCGUGGCUUUAUCCGCCAGGGGUCGCCGCGAGGGGCGGAGAAGGGCUAUAGUUCAGAAGGUCCCAGGCUUAGUCCGCAGGGACAUCUCCAGCAAGCAGGGCUGGGAGAAGACUAUGAGGAGGCGCUGCCAGUCAGUGUAGACAAUUCCGAGCUCUAUAGACCAGGAGUCUCUGACUUGGCAAAAGGCAACCGCCCCACGUUCUUAUGUUCUUCUGUUAUUCUGCGUGGAGCAAAUGGACGCACGAAGAAGGGAACGAAAGAGAAUGCUAUCCAUUCAUUCAUUAAUUGCAUUUAAUGACCUCUUUUCCUCGGAGGAGCUCAAUGUGGCAUCCACGUGGCGUCCAGAGUGGCGCAAUCUAAUCCCAACGACAACCCUGUGAGGUAGGCUAGAGUGACAAGCAGUGACUGGCCCAGGGAGCAAAUUUGUAUGAAAUAUUGUGGGAGAGCUAAGCCCCUUCCCGCAUAAUCGAUCACAAGACAGGGCGCACACAUCACUUGAGUAGCAGUGCCCAUCAACCGGGGUGGGGACUGUUCCCCUCCAAUAUUUUGUUAGGGGGUGGGCAAAGGGACCUCGACCCCUAGGAGUUGGCUUCUAUGGACUGGCCUCUAAUGCCACACGCAGGGAGCUUCGAGGCCGAGUGGGAGGAUUUGAACCCAGGUCUCUCCCAGGUCCUAGUCUGACAAGCUAAUCACUAUGCCACCCCGGAUCUCUUAAAAAGAGAUCCUUCAACAAUGGAGGCCAAAAGGCAACAUAAAAGUGUACUGAUUUGGGAGGACUAGAGGAAAGGGAGGGGGCGCUGACACCAGCCGCUCUUAAAGGGCUCAAAAACCGCCCCCAGAUAGGAGAAGAGGAAGGAUGUGCGCGGGAGCAGGAGUGACGCGAGGAAUCAGGGCAUCAUUGGCAUUGCGCGUAAUUGCGCAGGGGUGCGCGCAGACAUCUUUGCUAGCGGCACCGAGGACUUCCCAACGUGGCGGAGAUGGGGAGCCCACGGCCAUGUUGGCUGCCAGUCCGGCGAGCGACGGGCCACGGGGGGUCGACCCCACCUGAACUCCCCAUUCUCAUUUCCCGUCGACCGGCUUGCAGGAAUUGGUGGGACUUUGCUGGGAGGUCCCUUCCCCAGCUUUCUGAAUGAUUUAAUUUGUAACGCGCUGCCUUUCUGGCCAAGGAAGCCAAGGCGGCUCACCAUUUUCGAAUGCAGAAGCCAAUAAAUUACACAGCAUAAACCAAGAAGUUCUCGCUGAAGUAGGAACCAGACCGAGGUGAGGAGUUGAGUUUUGGCGCGCCUCUUCCGCUCCAGCGGAGACGAGGAGCCCGCAGUUCUCCAGAUGUGGUCCCCAGGCUCCAGCAGCCUCUGGAGAGCCGCAGGGCCCUCAUCCCAGCGCCCCGAGCUUGGGGAGGGCUGUUGCGCCAGCAGCCUGCUUCCAAGAUGCACCUGGAGGAUGGGCAGCGCCAGAAAAGCAUCUCGGACCACCGAGGUCUUUGGUUGGACCUCCAAAUGUCAGCUGCUGGCUGGGCCGCUGGCUUCUAGCUCAUGCGCAGACCGCUGGGGCGCACAGAUGGGGCGGGUUGUUCCCCCUCCAAAGUAGGAACAAGGACCUCCGGAAACCUAACACCUGAGCAUGUCGUUCCUGCUUUUCAAGUUGGCUUCAACUUUUAAUAGUAGCUCGGGCUUACUAGCCCCGAAUGGCCUUUGCCCCAGGAGCAGCUUUGGCAGAGGCAUUUCCGUGGCCAGCGGCCGCCGCCGCCGCCUGCCUUCCUUCCUUGCUCCGGAGGAAGGUGGGAGGCGAAGACGCAUCCUCUGCCAACGGACACCGCGGGAUGGCCGGGCCUCCUCUUCUCCCGGGUUCGUGGGAGUCGCUUUUGGCGGCUGGGAGCCUCUCCUGGCUUCUCCCUCCCGCUUCCCCUCUUCUCAGGGACUAGGGCGGGAGGUAGGAUAUGGGGCGAGUUUCUUCUUUUGGAAGCGGGGGAGGAGAGCGCUCGCUUCCAGGGCGCGCUUCCAAGGCAGCUGCUGCGCUUUGGGGAAGAGUGUCGGCAUCGGGGAUGGAGGCCGGGGGAGGCCAGCAGAGAAGCACCUGCGCGGGUUUCACAACCGUGACACAUUCUUGCGCUCUGCUCGAGGGUCGUGGCGCGGGCAGUGGCGCGAAAUAACAACAGCUAGCUUGGGAAAGGGGCCUUUACGCCUAGGACCACGCUCUCCGUCCCCCUCGCCAGGACCAUCCUGCAGGCAUCCUCUUCCCCCUGAUGCCCCGAGGGUCUAACAUCCACACAGUGUUCAGAUGUGCAUUAAAGGUCUAGCCAGCACGCCCUGCUUAAAUUCAAACGUGUUUCAAAGUUACAGUGUGCACGCGACCUGCAGUGUCGCCAAAGCGGGGCGGAGCAGGGGCCAGAUUCGUGGCGUUCCCCCACCCCGCGUGCAGUCGUUUGAACGCAGCCUGGGCCUUCCUGGUCGGAUUUUGUCUGACGCCUUUUCCCCGCUUUCUCUCCCUUUCCCCCUUCUUCUCCUCCCUCCCUCCCUCCUCCCUCCAGCCGUGCGCGCCGACCGCAUGCGGGGUGGCCGGAACAAGUUCGGGCCCAUGUACAAGCGGGACCGAGCCAUGAAACAGCAGAAGAAGGCGCUGAUCCGCGCCAACAGCUUCAAACUGGAGACCGCCCAGCCGCCCAUCGUGUCCCCGGUGCAGGCGGCGGCGGAGUACGGCGGGCUGUCGGCCUCGCUGCACGGCCUAAGCCACCACCACCACCAGUCUGGGGUGGCAAAGGCGCUGCCCCCGCCCGGCAGUGGCAGCAGCAGCAGCAGCAGCAGCAGUAGCUCCAGCAGUUCCGGCAGCGGUGGCGGUGGCAGCGGGAUAAGCAGCUCCACCGCCAUGGCGCCCGUCGACUACGAGCGCAGCUCCUACGGGACGCCCGCGCUGGCCAUGCCGGUGCCCUCGGGUCACGGGCCGCUCUCGGGUUACCACUACCAGCCCUUCGCCAACCGGGCCAUCAAGUCCGAGUUCCCGGACCCAUACGCGAUGCAUCCAAACGAGGCAGCCCCGCCGUACCCCUACCCGGAGGUCUACCCCAAUGGCGGCUCCGCAGCCACUGGGGGCGACUUGCCCGACGUGAUCCUGAAGUUGCUGCAGCAGGAGCCCGACGAGGCGCAACUCAAGGCCCGCAUCCUGGCCUGCCUGCAGGAGGAGCAGAGCAAGGCCCGCCACGAGAAGCUCAACGCCUUUGGCAUCAUGUGUAAGAUGGCGGAUCAGACCCUCUUCGCCAUCGUGGAGUGGGCGCGCAGCUGCAUCUUCUUCAAAGAGCUGGAGGUGAGUGGGGGGCGGGCGGGUUGUUGCUUUUUGCUGGGCAGGGGACGAACCCCCAGAGGAAAUGGCUUCCCACGACCUACAUCUCCCUGACUUGGGCAUGUUUCCAGAGGUUGCUUUGUUUGGUCCCGGGGGUGGGGUUGGGUGGUGAGGAGGAAGGUUGAAGUGUGGGUGGAGCAAGGCCUGCUUUGAGCACGUGCAGAGCGCCGGCAGCGAACACAGGGUAAGUCUUCUGCCAGGUAAGGACUCCCUCAGCUUCACCUGCACUCAGUAAUUUAUCUUGGGAACCCUCUUUGAGGUGCCCACCUGGCCCAGGGGCUGCCACAAGAAAGGGCUGCUGGUGCCCAGUUCUCUCUGCAGAGGUCGAGGCCGCCCCUUGCCUUCCUCCCCAGGCCCUGUGGGCGAGCCGUGGUGGGCACCUGGGAAGCCUUGGCCAAAGGCAGUUGGUUGAUUGCUGAGCCCAACAGCCACCCUUUCAGGGCCUUCAGCUCAGAGUUGCUCAGGGACAACCUAAAAGACUGUCCUGCCCACUAUGCCAGUUGGUUACUGGUGUCCAUUUGGGCUGAUGGGGCAGCUGCCAGGCCCACCCCCUGGACAGGUUGUAAAUGAGAAUGGGGAGGCUGCUGAGAGCGAGCAGAGGCUGGUGGGCCCACAGGUGCCUCAUUGGCCAGAGGUGUCUUAAAAGUAAGCCCCAUAGAGUGCAAUGGGGCUUACUCCCAGGUAAGUGUGUGUAUGAUUUCAGGCAUGGCUGCUGCAUCCCUCAAUGCUUGGAAAGGGGUGUGCGUGCGGAUAUUGAGGCAUGGCCUCCCCUUAGCCUGUGCAGAAGGGAUCUGCUUCAUCUUAUAUUUUGGGGUCCCAGGCGGAACAGCAGACCCACAUGGACCGUCUCCCUCCCGAACCUUACAGAAGGGCAGGUGUGCGCGUGAGAGUGGGGAGAGGCCCCUUCUGUGCUCAGCCCUCAGCUGAGAGUGGAUCCGGGACCUCACUUGGGCCCGGGGAAUCCGAGUUCGAAUCCCUUCCCGAAAGGUAAAGGGACUCCUGACCAUUAGGUCCAGUCGCGGACGACUCUGGGGUUGCGCACUCCAUCUCUAUAGGCCGAGGGAGCCGGUGUUUGUCCGCAGACAGCUUCCGGGUAUGUGGCCAGAAGGACUAAGCCACUUCUGGCGAACCAGAGCAGCGCACGGAAUCUCUUUCCUAAAUGGUGGGCUUAUUCACCACUUGGGAAAAAUGCAUUAUGAGUGGCAGAGAGCUGCCCCCCCCUUUGAAAGUGUCAUUCAGUGUGAAUCUGUGGUGGUGUGAGAUUUGCACCCAGGACUCCUCAGUGGAUCAGCAACCUGCACUGUACAAGCCCUUGAGGAAAUGGCUACAAUAAAUAAGACCAAAGCAAUAGCCGGUGUAGAAAUGCUUUCAAAUGAAUGAAAAUUCAUGUGUUCAGGGCAGCUUCUUUCAUUAGCAAUGACGGGGCUUUCACAUUUCAAACAGCUAAAUGAACUCUCCCCAGCGUGCCUUUAUAGUGUCCCACUAAAACUGCUAUUGGAGUUUUAAAAACCCCACUGGCCAGGCAAUUGAUGGGCAUAACUCAUUUGAGGCCUGGCCAGUGUGGGAGGAAGAGGGCUCAGCUGGCAAAUGGGGCUCCAGAAGAUUCCUCUGUUAAGGAGCCAGAGGCACCGCCAGGGUCCCUGGGCUCUCACUGCCUGCCUUCCUCCAAGGCCGGUGGAUCUCUGUAGCCCUCUCUCCUCACUCCAGGCAGGCAACAAACUGCUCUCCGAUUGCAACUUCGCUUUUUAGAUCUGGGUUUAAGAUCUUCUGCACGAAACAGGUCUGCCAUUGGAAGGCCAUUGCUUGGAUGUAUAAAUAAAAUCUCAGAGCACAUCACAACAAUUGUGCAUAAAACCAUACAAGAAAAGCUAUAUAACAAAGUUAACAUUAAAGUAAAGGUAAAGGGACCCCUGACCAUGAGGUCCAGUUGUGACCGACUCUGGGGUUGCGGCGCUCAUCUCGCUUUACUGGCCGAGGGAGCCGGCAUACAACUUCCGGGUCAUGUGGCCAGCAGGACUAAGCCGCUUCUGGCGAACCAGAGCAGCGCACGGAAAUGCUGUUUAGUUUCCCGCCAGAGUGGUACCUAUUUAUCUGCUUGCACUUUGACGUGCUUUCGAACUGCUAGGUGGGCAGGAGCAGGGACCGAGCAACGGGAGCUCAGCCCGUCGUGGGGAAUCGAACUGCCAACCUUCUGAUCGGCAAGUCCUAGGCUCUGUGGUUUAACCCACAACGCCACCCGCGUCCCUAAAGUUAACAUUAUUAAUCAGCUAAAGGCUGUGGAAAGGUGUGUUCUUAAUUGCCUGCAUAAGCCUUAUGGGAUAGAAAAGAAUUUAGCAGGUAUGUGAACGUUGAAACAGAAGGGGCCGGGAUUCCAUGCCGUGUGAGCGAAGGAAAUAGUUUAUUAUUUGUUUGUUUGUUUUUACAUUUAUAGCCCACUUUUCCCUCCAAAGAGCUCAAGCUGUUACACACAGUUCUCUUCCUACCCUCUUUAUUCUCACAGCAACCCUGUCAUUUAGGGAAAGUGACUGGACCAAGGCCACUUAGCAAGCUCCUUCAGGCCUUGUUCAAAACUGCAACCAUGACGGCUUCAGAGGGUUCUCCUGACUGGGGUGGGGGGAGGUGAUCUCCAACACUUGUUUUCAAUACCAGUGCUCACCAACUUGGGACAGCACGGUGUAAUGGUUAGAGUGUCAGACUAGGAAAAAGUUAACAGUAGAUUGGGAGCAAAAUUCUCUAGGCAGUUUGUCCUGAAAUUAUGACGAACUUAACACCAGUGUGUACCUCACAGGGUAGUUUUGAGAAUAAAAUAGAGGGGAGCGAAGGGGGACCAUGGAGGCCAAGGUGGAAUAUACCAGAUUUUUCGCUCUAUAAGAUGCACUUUUCCCCUCCUAAAAAGUAAGGGGAAAUGUGUGUGCGUCUUAUAGAGCGAAUGCAGGCUGCGCAGCUUUCGCUGAAGCCAGGAGAGCAAGAGGGAUCGAUCCCUCUUGCUCUCCUGGCUUCGCUUCGCUGGAGAGGCGCUGCACAGUUUUCCCUCUCUGCGCAGCGCCCCUUCAGUGAAGCGGGAGGAGAAAUGGAAGGGGCUCCGUUUCUCCUCCUGCUUUGCUGGAGAGGCGCUGAGCAGAGAGGGAGAGAACAUUUUUUUUCUUGUUCUCCUCCUCUAAAACUAGGUGCAUCUUAUGGUUGGGUGUGUCUUAUAGAGCGAAAAAUGUAAUAUAACAGCAAAUGUAAUAUAACAGGAAAAGGGGGGUUAGGCAAAUGCGUGGGGCGUAAGGUGAACGGUGGCUACUAGUCACGAUGGCACCUCCAGAGUGAAUACUAGUUACCUGGGGCUCAGCAGUGGGAGAGAACUGCUAACACCCCAACACCCUGCAAAUGUCCCAGGGGCAUCUGGGAAAUGGGUUGCUGGCCUGCAAGCCCCAAAUCCUCUGGGAGUGGACAGGAAGGCUAAUCUUGUUCUAGGACAAAAGUCAUUCCCCAACUAUUGCUAAUCUCCCUUUACUGUGAUGUAGACAUCACAGUCUCUGCCUUCAAAGACACAGCCCCCUCUCCCCAGAAAUGGGGGCUUGAACACGGUGAGGGGGAGGUAUUAGUCCCUGAUCUGGACUUUGUGUAGAAAUGAAGUCUCUCCACCACAAUAAUGAGCUUCAGAACUUAUCUCAGUACUAGCCACACUAAGACAAACACUGCAGAAUAUCAAAGAAAGACAUUGCAAGCAAGAGGUGGGCUUCAGUCCUUUAUGUAGUUCAAUGGACUUCCCUCUCUCUGAUCCUGGAGGGAGAUCCUAUGUUGGGUCAUCAGUGCAGAACUUCUGCAACAACAGCUGCUCCUAGCCAUCUGCAGCAGGCACACGCGUGGCUUCCCAAAUUUCAGCUUCCAGCUCAUGUUUCCAGAGGUGAGUCAUCAGGUACUGAAAUGGAAAAAUACCAGCCUCCGCUGAUGCUUUUGCUGGAGUGGAACCUCUUGCCUAAGGUAAACGUCCCUUUACAGCAUUUUCAGUACAGUGCCCUCAAACACGGCAAUUUAUUUACAUUGAAAUUUACAGCUUUAAUUGGGGGGGGGGGGGGGGAACAGACAACUUGGUGGUUAAUGCUUUGUCUCGCAGAACCGUUGCUCCAAUCUUGCUCCAGCUCUGAUGAGAGUAAGUGGAGCAGCCUGGUGCCCUACAUCCUUGCUCAGAGUUAGUGGCCAGACCCACACUAUAAAGUCCUCUUACACCACUUUAAAUAGCCUUGGCUUCCCCCGAGAAUUCUGGGAGUUGUAGUUUUUAAGGGUGCCAAGAGGCAUUAGGUGCGCCCUCGCCCUCUCAGGUACUUCAGUUCCCAAAGUGGCGCUACAGUCAGAAACUUAGCCAGGGCAAGGGCAGACUGAUGUGCUGCAGAAGUCACAGCCCAAAGAAGACUGGAUGUCUGGAUUGGGACCAAGCCAUUCUCUAGCCGUGCGCUGUUCUCCCAGCUGGCGGCCAGACCCACACUAUAGACUGAAAGUUCUCUUACACCACUUUAAAUAGUCCUGGUUUCCCCUUGGGAUGACGGGCCUGAUCCAGCAGGCUCUUUCUGCGUUCUUACGGCUCCUAGCCCUGAAGGCUGUGCUUUGCCUCCCACACGCAGAGGCAACAAUGCUGCUGAAAACCAGUUGCUGGAAAUUGCAGGAGGGGAGAGAGAUGCUCUUGGCAGCGGCGGAGGAGGCCGCUUGGGCGCCUGGGGCAGUACAGCCAGGGGCAGGGCACACCGUGGGGCCUCUGGAGUCUGCCUGCCUCCUCCCACUCAGCCGCCUUGCCUUGCAGCUGGGGGGGGGGGAGGUAGUGGGUGGACCGUUUGGGCAGAGCGGAGCCUGCACGCACCCAAGCACCAAGUCCCUUCCAGGCGGGAUGCGUGGCUUGGGUGCGCUGCAGACCCGUGGUGAGUGCCGCCCGGCAUUUUGUCACCCCCUCAGUGGUGACACCUGGGUGGGCUGCCCCCACUGCACCCCCUUCCUCCGCCACUGGCUCUUGGGUUCAUGUCCUUCGCAGGUUUCCCAGAGAGGGCAUCUGGUGGGUCACUGUGAGAUAUUGGACAAGGUGGGCCACUGGCCUCAUCCAGCAGACGCUGGUGUUCUUGUGAAUGUCCUCCUGGCCAGCCCUUCCAGACCCUGAGUUUGAAGCCAGGGUGCCCUUUGUAACCCCUCCCAAACUGCUCCUUUCCUUCAGGGACUGCAGCAGCCCCCGAACUCUGCAAUGGCACCAAACGGUGCCAGUGUGUCAGAACCCUCCAGCCUCCCCAACCCCUUUCCGUACAUAAUUGCGCAGAAGGCCGAGGGGACCGGCUGCGUUGCCACUGGGCUAAUUGGCCUCUUGACACCAGUUCCCAGUGCAAUAUUCUGCCCCUCACCCCCCACCCCACCCGCCUUCUCCCAGGGCAGCCAGAUUGAAAUCAGAUUUAACCUCCCAGAUAUAUCGUUUCAUUUAAGGGCUAGUAAUUCUGUCAGUCCGACUCUGACAAACGAGAGCCUCGCCUGCCAAUCUGCGGGCAAGAGUGAUGUGCUGCUGUUCCUGGUGUGUCAGGCGCCGGAGAGUUACAGGCUCCGCUGGCCUUCGAGAGGCAAGACUAAUAACCGGCCAGGCCAGGGGAGAUUUGGGCGGGGGGCGGGGAGGCGGUUUCUUGUUUAUGGAGGGAGGUGUGUGGCGAGGGCAGGCAAGCCGAUAGGUGGGGGCGGGGGGAGAGGUCAGAGCUGAUACCCAUAAAUACCCUCUCUUAAGUGAGCUGAGAUGAGAUGUGUCAAGGCUUGAAGGAAGAUUUGCGGGGAUGGAGUGUCUGGGCAGGGAGGUGGAAUAGAUUGCUCUUGGGGUUGUCCUGGGUUUGGGCUCUUCUGUCCUCUUCCACUGACAACCUAUAAUUUAAUAAAUUAUAUAGAGAUGGAUUUCUCCUGGCGAUGGGAGGCUUGAGGGUGGCUCCAAGCAAUGGGGACCUGACCGGAUGGGCGCUGGGGCUUGGUCUGGGCUGAGGUCUCGUGAUUUGAAUGCCCAGUAGGGUGUGGAUGGAGAGAUCUGAGGCUGGCUACAAGAAAGAACCAGCGUGGUGUAGUCAUUAAGAGUGUCAGACUAAGACCUGGGAGAGGCCAGGGUUCAAAUCCGAAACUGGCUACCAUGAAGCUCACCGGGUGUGACCGUGGUCCAUUCACUGCCUCUCUCAGCCCAACCCACCUCACAGGUUGUUGUGGGAAUUGAAUGAGGAAGGGGAGAAAACCAUGUAGACCACUUUGAGCUCCUUGGGGGGAAAGCUGGGAUAUAAAUGCUAAUGCUAAUAAUAUGGGACGCAGGUGGCACCCCAGAGCCUAGACUUGUCGAUCAGAAGGUCGGCAGUUCGAAUCCCCGCAACGGGGUGAACUCCUGUUGCUCGGUCCCUGCUCCUGCCCACCUAGCAGUUUGAAAGCACGUCAAAGUGCAAGUAGAUAAAUAGGUAGCGCUCUAGCGGGAAGGUAAAUGGCGUUUCCGUGCGCUGCUCUGGUUCGCCAGAAGCGGCUUAGUCCUGCUGGCCACAUGACCCAGAAGCUGUACGCCGGCUUCCUUGGCCAAUAAAGUGAGAUGAGUGCCGCAACCCCAGAGUCGGCCACAACUGGACCUAAUGGUCAGGGGUCCCUUCACCUUUACCUUUUUAAUGCUAAUGCUAAUAAUAAUAAUAAUAAUAAUGAUAAAUGAUAAAACAUUUGAAGAUAUUAGUACUGUGCAAGUGAUCAGUGCUGUGAAUUGAUGAGUCGACACGGGGGGGGGGCGUGGUUUUGUGUUCAAACUGUGCGAGAGGGGAAAUGUUUUGCCAAAGUGACUCUGAAAUAAUUGGAGUGGGCAGGAACGCGCCUUGGUGGUGGAAGCAAAGACCCCCUCCUGCGGAUAGAUUGGACAAUUGCGGUGUCUGGGCCCUCUAUUUGUGUGUGGGUUCUAUUUUGCAGCGUUUGGGUUCUAUUUUGCAGCGUUUCACUGACGCAAUAAUGUGUGUGGGUUCUAUUUUGCAGCGUUUCACUGACGCAAUAAUAGCGCGUUCGUGGUGGAGUUGCACCGGACUGUCCCAAUAUCAUUCUGCUUUAUUAGUUGUUCUGCAGUGUUAUUGUGCUAUUAUUACCUGGAGGAGCAACUCUUGUGUAACGGAUGCUGAACGAAAAGAUGCCCCAGCCCACCACUCCACACAAUAGCCAUCACAUUUCUGGUAUGAAAUAUCACAAGAUUUCAGCAGGAACAUGCACCAGUUGUGCUCCGUGAAACUUUUGCAGGGGCAAACUGUCCCGAAAGUGGGAUAACCUAUAACCACCCUGAUACCUAGAGAUGGGAAGGCCUGGAAAUCCCAGGAAAAUUGACCCCCCCCAGGUUUUUUCCAUAUCCCCCCACAGCCCUUUUCCCCCAGAUUUUUUUUUUUUUAAAUAGUUUGAUAUAGUUUGAAUAUUCCACACAUUUUAAAAAAAAAAUUUCUUGAAAAAAACGGCUUUGGAAAAAAACAGAAAAAAAGCCUGCCCCCCCAAUUUUUCUGUCCCCCCCCCCGGCCUUCCAGCACCCCCCCCCUUUAGAGCUCCCUGCCAACUGACACCAGGCAGGUGCUCUCACUGUACUCGUUCCAGCAACGGCUCAAAACAUUUUCAUUAGGGCUGUUGUAAACAUCUGAUCGCGUAGAAGCUGCAUGCGAUCUGCUUCCUUUUAAUCACUGCUGACUUUAAUCACCUUUUGAUUACUCUUAAAUGCCUGCUUUUAACUGUGUCUUAUCAAUCGUUUUAAUGUUCUCUUGUAUAUCUUUGUUAACUGUUUAGAAGCUCUCUUACCAUCAUGCGGUUUAUAAUAUAUAAUAACAAAUCCAAUUAAAAAACACUCCUUUUCCUUUCAAAGAGAGUUUGAGCCUUAGUGCAACAUACUAUCCAGUAACUGGAUGUUGGUCACUUCUGGGCCUGGCAUGCAGAAAAAUUGAAAGCUGUUUUUUAGAAGUCCAUGAGAAAAAUGACAAAUAGGAAGGUGAAGAAGAAAUGGAAAUGACAGCAGUAGUUCAGAAAAUGAGAUAGAAGGAACUGCAUGUAUAUGUUGUGUCUUCUGUUUGUUUUCAUUUUUUAAGCUCUACUCAAAGAGUAGACCUUCUAUGGAGCUUAAAUAUUGAGGUGGACCUUAACUUUAUUUGCUGUUGGUGCUAAGGGGCAAAUCUGAUUAUUUUUAUGUUGAUGGUUCCUUGCUUUUUUUGUUGCUUUUGAGGGAAAGGGGGUGGUAACCUGUUUUAUUGCAAGCAUAAUACUUUCAUAUACAUUGCAUUUCACGCAAUUUGUAAAACUACUCCACACUGAACAUUUUUUCAUUUUUUCCAAGAUUUCUAUUUUUUUUCUGGGAAAAAACAGGGGGGAAACAUUUUUUCCUCAUGGCAUCAAAAUUUCUGGAAAUUUUACAUCUCUACUGAUACCAUCAUGACCAGUUUUGGAACUUUGUUUGCUUUUGAGAUCUGUGGCUAGUUGCCUGAUGGAAACCUUCUUUCCUGGGGCUCUCCUGUGUCUGAUAAAUACUUUGAAAGCUCAUUGGAGAGUCUGUAGUGGGAGGGUCUGCAAAGGAGGGCCAUGGCUGCUCUUGGCUGUAAUUAUCUUCAUAGAAUCAUAGAACUGCAGAGUUGGAAGAGACCCUCAGAGUCAUCCAGUCCAACCCCCUGCAAAGCAGGAAUCUCAGCUAAAACAUCCAGGACAGAUGGCCAAACCCAACUCUGCUUAAGAACCUUCAAAGAAGGAGAGUCCACCACCACCUUCCCAGGUAGUCUAGUCCACUGUUGGGAAGUUCUUACUGUUAGGAAGUUCUUCCUAGUGUUUUGUUGGAACCCCAUUUUUAAAAAAGUUGAAUCCAUUGGUUCGGGUCCCACCCAUCAGAGCAGCAGAAAACCAGAUUGCUUCAUCUGCCAAGUGACAAGCCUUCAUAUAUUUGAAGACAGCUAUCCCAUCACCUCUUAGUCUUUUCUUCUCCAGGCUAAACAUCCCCCAAUCCUUCAAGCUUUCAUCAUCAGUCUUGAUUGUGAACAGAGCUCCCCCCCCCCAUGGAACUCACCAGAACUUAGUUCCUGCACCUCUCAGGUGGGCACCAUUGCCAUUAUAAGAGAACAAUAGAGGCGUUCAGGGUGAGUUGCGGCACCUCUUUUUCUAGAAAAAUAGCACUGGUUUUGAGACCUUUGAUCUUCUUGGUCACCCUCCCCUGCACACAUUUCAACUUGUCAACCUCCUUCUUAAAUUGUGGCACCCAGAACUGGACACAAGACUCCAGGAGGGAUCUGUCCAAGGCAGAAUAGAGCAAUACUAUGACUCCCAAUGAUCGGGACACUAGACUUCUGUUUAUGCAACAUAGCAUUGCAUUACAGUCGUACCUUGGUUGUUGAACGGAAUCUGUUCAGGGGGUCCGCUCAACUUCUGAAAAUGCUCGACAACCAAGGCACGACUUCUGAUUGGCUGCAAGAGCUUCCUGCACUCAAUCAGAAACCGCAGAAGCCGCGUCGGACGUUCGGCUUCCAAAGAACAUUCGAAAACCGGAACAUUCACUUCUUAAGUCGUUUAGUCAUGUCCGCCUCUUCGUGGCCCCCUGGACCAGAGCAUGCCAGGCCCUCCUGUCUUCCACUGCCUCCCGCAGUUUGGUCAAACUCAUGCUGGUAGCUUCGAGAACACUGUCCCACCAUCUCGUCCUCUGUCGUCCCCUUCUCCUUGUGCCCUCCAUCUUUCCCAGAAUCAGGGUCUUUCCCAGGGAGUCUUCUCUUCUCAUGAGGUGGCCAAAGUCUUGGAGCCUCAGCUUCAGGAUCUGUCCUUCCAGUGAGCACUCAGGGCUGAUUUCCUUCAGAAUGGAUCGGUUGGAUCUCCUUGCAGUCCAUGGGACUCUCAAGAGUCUCCUCCAGCAGCAUAAUUCAAAAGCAUCAAUUCUUCGGCGAUCAGCCUUCUUUAUGGUCCAGCUCUCACUUCCAUACGUCACUACUGGGAAAACCAUAGCUUUCCCAGCAAAAUAGCAAAAUACACCAGAACAAUUAAAAAACAGUAUUAAUAAUGUACCCCCGCUUCUUAUAGCAAUGUGUCUACAGGAACAACAACAGCAAUAUUAUCUGAUACUAAAACUGAAAGUUAUGAUACAUUUACGGCUCCAUCUGGAUGGGCUCAUUUUGUUGGUUUGCCUAUAGAUUUUGGGCUGGGGCAGGUGGGGACAUCCUUUCUGCUGUGGAGUUUGUGCUUAACUUAUGUGGAUGGUUUUUGAAUCUGGUUGAGCUAAACCCAAAAGAAAGCACCCGUUUCCCUUGGAAUAGGGGGAAUCUCCACUCCCAUUAACUAUAAGGGAGAGGUGAUAUUUCGUCUGCAUUUUGAUGGAAAAGUACCCAGUCCACACAACUUGAACCAAUACAAUAUCCUGAAGAAGGAUUUUGAGGAGCUGGAAUGGGGUCAGAGGAAAGGGACCAAAGAUAAAGGUUCUUGCAACCCAGACUUAAAAUGAAUGUCUGAGGGAUAUGGCGGUGUUUAGACUGGAGAAGAGGAGACUGAGGUGGCCAUAUUCAGAUAGCGGAAGGGUCACUGGAAGAUAGAGCAAGCUGCUCCAGACAGUAGGGACCAAACUAUCAGAUUCAAGUUAACAGAAAGGAGACUCAGCCUAAACAUUAGGGAAGAACUUUCUGACAGUAAGAGCUAUCCAACAGUGGAACAGAUUUCCUCAGAAGGUGGCCGACUCUCCUUGGAGGUUUUUAAGCAGAAGUUGGGUGGCCAUCAGUCAUGGAUUCUUUAGCUGAGAUUCCUGCAUUGCAGGGGGUUGGACUGGAUGACCCUUGGGGUCCCUUCCAGCCCUACAAACCUGUGAUUCCAAGUGAGCUGAAACACAAUUAUCUUUCAAAAUUCGUACUUCUCUGAAUUAAGUAAUGCAGUUCCCCAUCCAGUGUGUACAAGAAUGCAUACAUUAGGAGGAAGUGUGCCUAAAAAGGCAUGCAUUAGUGAAAUUAGAUAUAAAAAUGCAUUAUGUUAGAGGAAACUGAUUGCAGGAAUGUUUCAAGUUCAUCAAAGGUGCAUCUAAAAAAUAGUGUUUAUUAGGUGAAAUUCACAAUUAAAUGCUGAUGAAAUUUCAUGAGGAUUUCUUAUUUUUUGUUUGUGGAAAUGUGGAAAGCUGAAUUUAAUAUUAGAAAAACAAGAAACUGAAAUUGACAGAUUCAUGUUGAGCCCAGCCAACAUGGCUAGAGGUCAGCAGCGAUGGGAGUUGUAGUCUGAUAACAUCUGUAGGGAAGGCCGUGGGAGGCUGCACAUUUGCAUUUUUUGCUUUCUUUUAGGUAGGGUUAAAUGUCCUGCACGCCCAGUUCUUGGGACUGAGAAGGGGAAGGAGAAGGAAGUUGCAAGCCUGUUGUGCUGGACUGACAUCUAGGCAGGCAAUUAAACAACAUCUUGCUUUCCUGAUGAUCUUGGUGGUGGUUGGGGGAGGGGAGAGGUCAGUCGCUGAGACAUCUGAAGGCUGCUAACCUCUUAUUAACACCUCCAAUUUGUGAAAGGUUUUGAUUGUCAUCUCCUGGCCCAGCUUUGUCCCUUCCCAAUUGUCGAGGGGACGCAUCCAAUCUUCACCAAAUAAUUGUGCCCUCUGCAGCUCCCUUCCCCCGCUGCAGUGGCUGCAUCCGUAGCAGCCUCUCAGAGAGACUUGUGGACAUGUUUCAUUUUGAGUGAUCAUAACAGCACAAGAAGAGGCUGCUGGAUCAGGCCAGUGGUCCAUUGAGUCCAGCAUCCUGCUCUCAGAUGCCUCGGAUGGGAAACUUUGGAGCCAUCCUGGCUAGAAGACAUUGACAGCCCUCUCUUCCUCCUCCAUGAAUUUGCCCGGUCCUCUUUUCAAGCCAUCCAAGUCGGUGGCCAUCACUGCCUCCCAUGGCGGGGAGUCCCAUAGUUUAACUUUUCUUUGUCUUCCAACAUCUUCCAAUAUUCAACUUUCCUCCACACCAUGUGUGAUUUUAUAAGCUUCCGUCGUGACGCUUCUGACUUGCCUUUUCUCUAUAAACGAAAAAGUCUCCAAAGUUGCAACCUUUCUUCGUAGGCAAGUCCAUCCAAUCUGUCCUUUGGGUUGCCCUUUUCUGCACCUUUUCCACCUCGUGGCUGCCACCCAUCUGUCUCAAGAAGGCAAGCCAUUGCUUUUUAGCAGCGCCAAAGUGACCUCCCCAGGGUGCAAACCCUGGCAGUGUGUCUGGAGGUCCUGGGCUGCCCAGAUGAUACUCUCAGCCUGCUUCCGAAGGAGAGCAGAGCAAGACUUUUGGCACCAGCUUAAGUGUAAGAGAGGGGACACGGGUGGUGCUGUGGGUUAAACCACAGAGCCUAGGACUUGCUGAUCAGAAGGUCGGCGGUUCGAAUCCCCACAACGGGGUGAGCUCCCGUUGCUCAGUCCCUGCUCCUGCCAACCUAGCAGUUCAAAAGCACGUCAAAGUGCAAGUAGAUAAAUAGGUACCGCUCCGGCGGGAAGGUAAACGGUGUUUCCGUGUGCUGCUCUGGUUCGCCAGAAGUGGCUUGGUCAUGCUGGCCACAUGACCUGGAAGCUGUACGCUGGCUCCCUCGGCCAGUAAAGCCAGAUGAGCGCCACAACCCCAGAGUCGGCCAUGACUGGACCUAAUGGUCAGGGGUCCCUUUACCUUUAAGUGUAAGAGUUGCUUGAUGGGGGCAUUCAAAGAGCCACACUCCACAUUUGUGUCGGGUUUGCUCCUUAGCCUUUUCCCCUCCCAAAGAUACCUUGCAAGGCAGCAAAGGUUUAAGGUCAGUUUUCUUUCUCCUAGAUGGGCUCCCUUCCCAGGUGGACAAGCCCCACCUGCCCCUCACUUUCCUCUGCAGCACAGGCAGAAACUGCCUUCUUGACUGUUGGACCCACUCUUGGUCAAUACUCAAUGCGUGAGAACCUUGUCUUCGCAGGCAGGGGAAGUUCCUAACUCACUGAGGGUUUGAAACCCACCAGCUCCCCUCACCUGGUUUAGCCGGCCAGUCGAGGCCAUUGCUGCUGGGCUUGUGGCUCCUGUCUCAUGCUGACAGCUUCUGGGAGCCACAGUUGAGAGCUGAGUGCAGAGUGGGGACCAAAGGGGGAUGGACUGCCUCAGAAGGAGCAUCAUGUGUUCCCCCCACAUGAGGUCCUGCCCCUCCCCUAACAUGCCAUACACCCCAACUCUACACUGUCCUUUUUUUAGAUGAGGCAACGAGCACCUGCAGACAUUUCUGUGACUUGGAGAUCAGGGGGUUGGCUGCCUCUCCUCUGCCUUCCCCCCUUUUUGUGGCUGCUCUCAGCGGCGCAGAAGCAAGGGCAGUGGAAGCAGUGGGCAGCCCCAAGCUCCACAGGGCUCUCCUUGGUUUGGGAGAAGGGGCAAUGGGUGACCUGUGCAACGCCCAAAUUCUGAGCCCCUCCGCCUCCCUCCCUCCCUCCCUUCUAAAUCAUAGUUGCAGUGCCCCCAACAGUGCUCUGCGCCCAGCGCAACUGAACUGGUCCUGCUCCCCUAAACCUGCCUCUGGCGGAGGCUGCAAGUCUUCCAACACACGCAGACACGCAGGCAAAACUGGUGUGUUCAAACCCCUCCAGGUGACUUGCAUGGAAGAAUUUUGCUCGAGGUUUUCAAAUCUCGUGGAGUUCCACAGUUGGAGGCAGGAAUGCUUCUGAAUGCCAGUUGCUGGAAACUGGCACAGGAGGGGGCAGAGGGCUGCUGUGGUUGAAUCCUGCUUGCUGGUUUACCAAUAGAGCCACCUGGUUGUCCACCGUGAGAGCUGGGCGUCCAUAUUGUGUCCUUGGCCUGUUCCACUUGCAGUUCAAGGCACCGAUUCCCUCUGUACUCCCUGAACUCUGCAGCACCCUUGUUACACAAGCCAGGCACAUUACGCAGACCUUGAAACAAUUUGCACCUCUAAAUAGCUACUUGGGACCAGUGCUCUUUGUGUUGGAGCGCUGUGCACCAAAGGUCAUCGGUCAGAGGGACACGGGCUUGUAGGUGUCUCUCACCCCCCACCCCAAUUCCUCUUGGAAAGCUUUGAUGCCAGAAAAGACACUUUCUGUAACUACCAAGGAGUUAAUUGUCAGUUUCAAGCAGUGGAGUCCUAGCCCACAUUGCAUCCUGCUGUUAUGAAGGUUUGCGAAGACAAUUAAAAGCCCUUCUCCUUUCCCCACUAGCCUACACACACACACACACACACACACACACACACACACACACACACGGAUUAUACCUCUUUUUGGCUGCUGUUGAUAAUUGGUGGGUCAGGGGUGUGGAGAAACUCUGCCUUUCCUAGCAGUUAGAACUGACUCUUUGUGAACCGAGGUUCAUUGCCUAACACCAUCAAGCAACGGGCUCCAGUAGCAUCAUGUUUUGAUUGGUGUGAGCUGUCUCUGCUUAGGUCUCCUGGACGAGAUCUGUGCCUUGGCCAUUAGCAUGGAGGUCCCUAAACCAAACUCUCAGUCUGCAUGUGCAAAGGAGGUGAUCUCAUGACAAAAAGAGACUGUGGGAAUUGCACUUUGUUGAUGUUCAUUUCUUCCUUGUUUGCACCAUGCACACACUUUGAAACAGGUAUUACUUUGUUUGCACCCUGUGGGCUGGAAGAGAUAGUGCUUUGCUUACACCCUUGUAGGGCAGGGAGGGAAGAGGAGACCCCCGGCAAGGUCGAAAGAGAAAGUGGUGGUCUCUGAGGUCUGGGAAGGCGGGCUGCAGGUUCAACCGCUGCCCUCGUUCUCAGUUGCUUAUCUGCAAAAUGGCAACAAUGGGAGCCUUAUUCCCCUCUAGGUUUGUUAGGUGGGCAGGUGUAAUUAACGUCUUUGCAAAUAAGGAGCACAUAGACAUUGCUAGCAACAGGACCUGCUUGAGUGGGGCAGUUCCUGGCCUGGGAUUAUGCAUUGGCUGAGGCAGGAAUGUUGAGUCCUGGAAGUCUCCUGCAACUCCACCUCCCAUUCCCUGAGCAAUCUCUCUCAGUGUAAGUGUGCAAACCCUAUAAAAGCUUUUCUUUUCUCCCGGCUCCUGCUUUAUUGCCACUCUCUGCUGGGGAAUCCCGGCGUCCUCUGCUUCCCUUCUUCCACAUCUGUCUUUUUUCUAUUAUAAGUGCCUUGCACAAUGGGUGCAGACGCCAGAGCUCUCGGGAGGAAGUGUAGGGCUGUGUGUGUGUGUGCAUCUUCACAGUCCAUGAAAUGCUCUGCUCACUUUUGCCAACGCUGUCAAGGUGUCUGCCUCAGGAGAGUAGCAACAUUUUGGGGAAGCAGGUGGCCUGAGGGGAGCUUGAAAGGGGGCCAAGGCAGCCAGUAGCUCUCUUUUGUGGGGCAGAGGGAGAAAUGAGGGAAGGGCUUAAUGUCCAAACUGACACUGCCCAGAGCUUUUGGGACUAUGACAAGCUUGAUUGGGAGUCAGUUUUACUUUCUCUGCUGGAUUUUGGAUUUUACUGUGGUAUUUUUGACUGUCCUGUGUUUCAGCUGAACCCUUUUGGGGGGUUGGAAUAAACUUUUUAGUCUGCUUUGCCCAGAGAACUAUACAAUGGGACAAUUCACAAUUAUCUAAGUACGUAAACUAAACUGAUAAUAAACUGCCCUGCUUACGGAAGUGUUCCUUUUUGUGCGUGGGUGGGUGGGGGGGAGGUGCCCCCUGACACUCACCCAUCCAGCUUCAGUUUCACUUCUGCCUCUUAGACUGAAGACUGUUCUCUGCGGGUGGUGUCCCUGGAGAAGCUGAACCCCUGGCUUGGCUGUGCCGGCAGCCGCCUUGGGCAGUGGGGAUGCCAGGGUUUGCUUUGCAUUUGAGGGCGUGUUUGUGAUGACCUGUCCUCCUCAUGGAGGCAUCUGGGAGCUUAUGUGCAGUCUUGCUAUACUUGGUGCAGUGUGGUCCUCACUGAAACGUUUGCAGGUACAAACUGCUUCCUUUCCAAUCAGUGCCAGUCCCAUAACUUCCUGCUGAAAUCCUGCAACAUUGCAUACCACAAAUGUUCCCAUUUGUUUAUUUGUUUGUUUUGUCUCACUUUUGUUGAGGUAUAAAGCACAAGAGAUGCCCCUCCAGGUGUCAACAAUAUGGGAACUUGGGAAGAACUUCGUCCAGAACAAAUCCACCACUAAUGAGAUAUUACUAUUGCAGAACAUACCUGACAGUGUGUGUGUGUGUGUCUGUGUCCCCGUCCCUGGUUUGGAGAGGCCCCGGAGUGUUUUUUGGGGUGUUUCAUUUAACCAAAGUGCAUCUUGCAAGUCUUGACAGAGGAAGGGCCACAGCUCUGGGGGUAGAGCCCCUGCUUUGCAUGCAGAAGUUCACUGGUUCAAUCCCCAGUGGCCUCAUCUCCAGGUAGGGCUGGGAUCACACCCUUCCUGAGACCCUGGAUAGCCACGGCUGCCAGUCAGGGUAUGCUAGGUGUGCCAAAUGGACCAGCGCUCUGACUGAGUACAAGGCAGUGAUCCUUUCCACAGUCCAGUAGGGUAAAGGUAAAGGUAAAGGUAAAGGUACCCCUGACUCUGGGGUUGCGCGUUCAUCUUGCUUUAUAGGCUGAGGGAGCUGGUGUUUGUCCACAGACAGCUUGACUAAGCCGCUUCUGGUGAACCAGAGCAGCGCACGGAAAUGCCGUUUACCUUCCCGCCAGAGCGGUACCUAUUUAUCUACUUGCGCUGGUGUGCUUUCGAACUGCUAGGUUGGCAGGAGCUGGGACCGAGCAAUGGGAGCUCACCCCAUCACAGGGAUUCGAACCGCCGACCUUCUGAUUGGCAAGCCCUAGGCUCUGUGGUUUAGACCACAGCGUCACACCACGUAAGACGGCAUUAUUAUGAUGUUCCUCCUGGGUGUACAGCUGAUGCCUGGGUGUGUGUGAGAGAGAAUACAACUUGUGAAAGGCUACCAGGUGGUAUCCUCUGGGGCCCCAAACCUCUAAAAGACUGCUAUGGAUUUAGCAGCGCAGCACCCCCCCUCUGCAACCUGCCCCCAUCCUUCCUGGGCAUGCAGGGGAGGGGGAGAGGGCACCCCGUUGGCACCAGGGAGUGAAGUGGGGGCUUUCCCUAACAGCCGGUUCCUUCCACUCCGCAUUCCUUCACGCUGGAGGAGCACAUACUGUGUCCCGGAGGGCAAAAUGUAUCGACAGCAGCCUCCUGAGAGACACUGGCCUUUUUGUGUGCAAACAACGGGGUGGUUCUCCCUCCCUCAGGGAUGGGGGAUGCGCCCAGCAAGACACUGUGUUGAGAACUGGGCGAGAUGCUGGGCCCGCGAAGGGAUUCAGAUAAGAGUGCAGAUGAGCCAAGCAGCCAUUGUGCUCUCCCGCUGGGGGCUGUGCUUGCUUUGCAGCUGGGGGCUGGUGGUGGGGUCUCCAAAGCCAGCCUUGCUGAGCUGCCCCCACAAACUGCCCCUGGAGCUCGAGGAGGAGGUAGGGAGGCUGAAACAAUUCAUUGCACUUCCUUCCUUCCUUCCUGUCUUCCUUCCAAGGAGCUCUAAGCGGUGCACAUGGUCUGUGUGUGUCUUCCUCGCCUGCGUUCUUAUCCUUGCAGCAACCCUGUGAGGUAGGCUAGGCUGAGAAGCAGCGACUGUCCCAAUGUUCCUCAGUGGUUCUGCCCUACUUUCCAAAAAGAGCUUUGCUGUCCUUACUCUUUGCAUUCAUGUCCCCCCUGUUCCUCCAAGGAGCUCAAGGCUCUCAUCCACAAAACAGCCCUGCCAGGUAGGCUAGACUGAGAGGCAGAGGCUCCCCCCCCCCAGGUGAGCUUCAUGGGGGAGCAGGGAUCUGAAGCCUGGCCUCCCUUGUCCUUGUCCGACCUGCUAACUGGCUCUCGGAGCCCCUCCUGGUCCCUCUGUGGAGUGGGGCCCCGGCCCUGCAUGCCUGCCCCAGAUGCUGACCCACAGAAGCUGGAGUCCUAAUAAAUUUGCCCGUUAAAAAAGCUGCAGCAAGGGACUGUUUUUGCCACGGCAGAUAAAGCCAUAAAUCUUGGACAGUUUAUCAACCUGCGUCCCCAAGUGCUGUUCAGCCCUGCGGGUUGGAGAGCCUGUCUCUGUCCUGUUCACACAAGCACUUGGCCGAGUGAGGCACUUGCAGGAUGUCCCGUGCUCAAUUUCCAGAAUCAUACAAGUCUAGAAGGCGGCGGGCAAAGUUGUGACUUGGGGGGAACAAUCUGAAAGUCUUGGUGGAACCUUCAAGGUCAAGAAAUUUAUUGCUGCGACUGCAGCUCACUCUUCCAGGUGCCUGAAUUGAAAUCUCAGUCGGGGGAAGCGGUAUGGUGAGAGCAGAAUGGCAAGGAGAUGCAAGAAUUAGUGACAAUUAAGGCUUAAAGGUAAAGGUAAAGGGACCUCUGACCGUUAAGUCCAGUCGCGGACGACUCUUGGGUUGCGCACUCAUCUCGCUCUAUAAGUCGAGGGAGCCGGCGUUUGUCCGCAGAGAGCUUCCGGGUCAUGUGGCCAGCAUGACUAAGCCGCUUCUGGUGAACCAGAUCAGUGCACGGAAACGCCGUUUACCUUCCCGCCGGAGGGGUACCUAUUUAUCUACUUGCACUUUGAUGUGCUUUCGAACUGCUAGGUUGGCAGGAGCAGGGACCGAGCAACGGGAGCUCACCCCGUCACGGGGAUUCGAACCGCCAGCCUUCUGAUCAGCAAGCCCUAGGCUCUGUGGUUUAACCCACAGCACCACCAGCGUCCCUUAAAUAUAUAUUAAGGCUUAAAUAUAUGUUAAACUGGCACAGCUUUAACCUUUUACAGUAGCAGGUUGGUGAUAAUUGACCUAGAAGCCACUGAAGGACACUUUGCAUUUGCCCCAUGGAGUUAUGGCAGGGCUGGCUCCAGGUUUAGGUGGGGCCCAAGUGUUUGCUGGUGGGGGGCCUUCUCUGUCAGGUGGGCUUACCUGGCUGUGGGGACCAGCCUUCUAAGCACCUCUGGUUCUUAGGUGCCUUUGAACGAUCCCAGAAUGGUGUUAGGUCAGGUGCUGUGCACAAAAUUUUUAAAAAGUGGCUGUGUGUAGCCACAAGGCACCCAUCAGUGUGCUCAGCUGGGGGGGGCGGGGUUGCAGGGUGCAGGGUGGGCAGGCAUCCUCUGUAGGUCUUGCUGAAGUCCUGGGGCCCUGCUAAUAAUAAUAAUAAUAAUAAUAAUAAUAAAAAUAAUAAUAAUAUAUUAUUUAUACCCCGCCCAUCUGGCUGAGUUUCCCCAGCCACUCUGGGCGGCUUCCAAUCAAGUGUUAAAAACAAUACAGCAUUAAAGAUUAAAAACUUCCCUAAACAGGGCUGCCUUCAGAUGUCUUUUAAAAAGAAGAUAGCUGCUUAUAUCCUUCACAUCUGAAGGCAGGGCAUUCCACAGGGCGAGCGCCACUACCGAGAAGGCCCUAUAAAGUGAGGGAAGAGUCGUUACAUCAAAUGCAUGCCCUGUUGCCUCUUGUUUAAGUGAUCUGUAACACCUAGCAGGAUCUGGACCUGGAAAGGGUCCCAGCUCAGUGGCAGAACAUCUGCUCUGCAUACUGAAGGUCAUGUCACUCUUGUCAAAGCCCCGGAAUAUCUGAAUGACUAAGACCAUUGACACAAAUGCCCGGAGUUCCUUCUCCUCCUUCAUGGCGUAGGAAACAAGCUAGGAAGUGGCUUGAACAUGAGCGGAGAACUCCGGUCAGAUUCUUGCUCUUGAUGGGGUCACACACCUUCUGAAGGAGCAGGUAUGUAGCUUGGGGUCCUUCUGCUGUCACCUGAAGCUAAGGUGGCCUUGGUGGUGUGGAGUGCCUUCCAUCAGCUUUGGCUGGUGGCCAGCUAUGUCCUUAUCUGGACGGGGAAAGCCUAACUUCUGUCGUCUAUGCAUAGUUCAGCCUCUGAAGAUGGUUUGGAAACUUAAGCUAGUGCAGAGUUUGGUGACCAGGGGGCGCUCACUGGGACGAGACCAUUUGAGCGUGUUACAUGGAGGGUGACCAAAUGACACUGGCUGCCAGUUAGUCUCUAGGCCUGGUUCAAAGUGCUGGUUUCAGCCUCUACAGCCUGAAUGGCUCAAGGGCUGCCUCUCCCCACACGAACUAACCUGGACCCCAAGAUCAUCCUCUGAGGCCCUUCUCCAUGUGGCUCCUCCACGAGAGGUCCAGAAGGUGGCAACACGAGACGGGGCCUUUUCUGCAGUGGCUCCCCCUUUGUGGGAUUCUCUCCCCAGGGAGGCUCACCUGGCGCCUGCGUUCUAUAUGUUUAGGGGGUUUUCUUCCGCCAGACAUUCUAUGUCCUUUUAAAUGUCUUUGUGGGAGGAAGGUUAUUGGUUCUUUAGUUUUUUUUAAUGUAUUUUGUGUUCUCAUUUUGUAUUUUUAUGUUGUGAAUUGCCAAGAGAUUUUCGGAUGAAGGAUGAUAUACAAAUGCCAUUAUUAUUAUUAUUAUUGCUAUUACAAAAUCCUCUUUGGAGGAAGCUUCUCAGCUGUUUUCUUUUCCUCCUUCUCCUCCUCUUCCUCCUCUUCCUCCUCUUCCUCCUCUUCCUCCCAGGUGGGUGACCAGAUGAAGCUGCUGCAAAACUGCUGGAGCGAGCUGCUGGUCUUUGACUACAUUUUCCGCCAAGUGCAUCAUGGGAAGGAGCAUAGCAUCCUGCUGGUGACAGGCCAGGAGGUAAAAGCACUAGUGUCUGCAGGUUCCGCAAUGGCCCUGUUCAGAAAUGCUGCAGCAAAAUGUCGUAGCGCGAAGUGCCACUGCUGUUGCUCGGGAUUCUGGCCACUUCCUUUCCUUUCCCCAUGCCCACCCCCUUGUCUCAUCGCCCCCACCCCCAAAAGUUGGUCAGCCUUCUUUGCCCACUGGGCAUCUGGUUUUUUUGGGGGUGUGUGUGUGUGUGGGCAUUCCCUCUACAUUCUUCCACCCCAAAAUCCCACCACCACCACCAAGCAUGUUUUGGCUACAUAAAAAACAGCAGAUAUGGAGAGCUGUUAUUGCUGUGGGUAGAUAAGAACGAUGACUUGCCAGGAACGUACAGAGUGUAAGAGGACACAGUCCCCUGCCCCAUGGCAGAGGGAGAUAGAGGCCGGGGGUGGGGGAAGAGAAUUUGCAAGUACUCCAUUGCACAUAUUUAGACUUUGGGUUGCAGUUCUCUGCACACUUACUUGAGAGGAAGCCUUAUGGGAUGCUAAGGGACAUCACUUGUGAGUCAGCCUGCUUUGGAUCGCCUGGCUAGUUAGACUUUGGUCGUUAUUACUUAUCCUUCUGUGUACAGCCAGCACCCAGAUAUAACCAUAUUUCUUGUAAUUUAGUCAACAACUCAGCCCAUUAACUGCUGCCUUAACAGCUGCUUGCUCAAAAGUCUUUCUGGUGGAGGCCGCCCCCCACCACCCAGGUCUUGAACAUCCUUGUUCCCCUGACAAGAUGGUACUUUUCGGGGGUCCUGAACCCUGCCCACCUCUCCUUUCUUCCAGGUGAACAUGUCGACUGUUACCAUGCAGGCGGGAUCCAUCCUGAACAACUUGAUGCUGAGAGCGCAUCAGCUGGUGGCUCACCUGCAUUCUCUCCAGGUGGACAGGCAGGAGUUUGUCUGCUUGAAGUUCCUCAUCCUCUUCAGCCUUGGUAAGAGCCGAGGGGCGUGGGUGGGGCAGCGAGGGACCUGGGAAGAGCAAACGGGGGCUGACAUGGAGAGCUUUGUGCUUCAGCCUCCCCCCCACCCUGAGAUCUCAACCACAAGAGGUGUUUGGAGGAGACUUGCUUUGCUUGUGGGUUCGUCUGUCUGGCGGAUGGGGCUGGAAGCCCCCUUUGUCUUUGCUUUCUCCCUACCGCCAGAAGGAUGUUUUAAGACCAUGGCUGCUGGACCAGGCCCAUCGAGUCCAGCCUCUUCCUCUCACAGUGCCCAGGCAAGCAGGACUUAAGCAAUGAGGGCCCCACCCCCGACCUCUUGCGGCCUCCAGCAGCUGGUAAACUGGAACAUUGCUGGACAGGCCUUUCCAAAAACAUGGAUGUUGGCAGUCUCCUUGAGCGUCUUGUUGAGAGCUGAGGCCAUGAAGCAGUUACUGUUCAUCUGUGCUUGUGUUCCGAAGAAUUCAGGGACAGCCUCGAAUGUGGUCAGCCAUUGGAGAUUACAGCCCUGCCUAUCGCCCAGAGGAACUGUGCACAACUUCUGACCUUGACAGGGAAGUGUGGGAGUGCGGUCUGCAAAGGAGUCGGUUUUGUCUUGACUGGUACCUGCCUCUGAUCCCUGCCCCCAAAGACCCCUUCUUUCUGCUCAGAAGUUGAUUUGCACCAGUUCAGGCAGCCUUGCCUCCUCCCCCCCUGCGCAUGGCAGUGGAGCAGGGCCGUCUGUGUGGGUGUGAGCGACACUUCCGCCCCCUCCACAACCUCUCCUGCAAAUGGUUGCACCAGGAGUGGUUGAGGGUGGUAUUGGCUGCCUCUGCUAGGCCUGCAAGGUUGCGCACCAGCCCUGGGGCGGCUGGGAAGUUAGUGCUGAAGUCUCAGGCUGUUGGUCUGUCUGGCCCAGCAUUGCCUACACUGACCGGCAGCAGCUGCUGCUCUUUGGGGUCUCAGGCUUGCUGUUUUAUCCCAGCCUCUACCCAUAGAAUGCCAUUUGGCAGCUGAACCCAGCGACUGAAAUGCAGAGCUUCUGCCUGUUCUGUGGAAGUGCUCAGCGCUGCAGUUCUCUGAGGGAAAUGACACCAACAGCAGUAUCCUUCCUGGACGUCUGCCAAAGCUGUAGUCCAGGCUCCUUUUGAGAAAAAAGGUUAAGAAAAGUUUCCUCCUUCCGGCAAAUGCUGUGUUUGCCAAUUUCAUGCCUAAAACCCGCCCGGGAUUCUGUACCUGAAUUGUGCAACCUGAAUGCAAAUCAAGCCUCUUUAUUUUGCAUAAAUCAAGGCUGGAUGAGACCAGUGGCAACCUCCUGUUUCCACAUUGUCCAGCCAGGUGCCCUGGUGGAAAAACCACAACUAGGGCUUGAGCACAUCAACACUCUUCCCUCCUGCCAGAGCUAUAGCUAGGUGAUCUUGUGCCCCUGGAAGAACCGUCCAGAUUGCACCCCUGAGCCACGGACAAAUUAGCUCUUCUUUCCACCUCUCCUCCACCCCCCCAUUCAAUUCACCCUCUACAGUGGUGCCUUGCAAGACGAAAUUAAUUCGUUCCGCGAGUUUUGUCGUCUUGCGAUUUUUUCGUCUUGCAAAGCACGGUGUCGGGAAAGUUUUGGAAAAGCUUCAAAAAUCACCAAAGUCUUUAAAAACCUCAAAAAAGGCUACCACACCGCGUUCUAUGAGUUGCCCUCGAGUCAAGUCGCAGCUGUAUUACCGGUGUUAAGAAAAGGAAACAAACUUGCAAGACAUUUCCGUCUUGCGAAGCAAGCCCAUAGGGAAAAUCGUCUUGCGAAGCAGCUCAAAAAACAAAAAACCAUUUCGUCUAGCGAGUUUUUUGUCUUGUGAGGCAUUCGUCUUGCGAGGUACCACUGUAUUCUUAUGAGGCAAUAAUCAAUAUUUAUAUUUAUGGACAUAUUUUAAGCUGAUUUUGGCCCCCCAUUGCUUGCACGCCUGGCGGGGGCCCACCUCACCACCCCCUAGCUAUGGACCUGCCUCCCAUCAGCCAGUUAUGACCCAGCCGCAGAGUGGCACAGCUGUGAAACUGUUUCAUGCUACGUUCUGUACAGCAUCCCUCUAGGGACACUUCCUGCAGUGGUCAAGAGACCGGGGUAUGGAAGUCAGAACCACCAGCUAAAGGUUGCAACUUGAGCAAUAAUGGAAAUUAAGAACUGGUCUAGACACGCGCAGCUCUCUAGCUCUUUGAUCUUGAACUCAAAGCUCCAUAAACAGGCAAGAGAAUGUUGCAGGUUUGGCUGCUUCAGAUUUAACACGCUCAAAAGAUUCUAAAUACCACCACCUCCCUGCCUUGUCCCUUAGCCACAUGGUGCAAAGCAACAGGAACUGCAGCCUUCCCCAUUCCCAAAGAGAGCAAGGUUUCAAGCUCCGGAACUGAGCAAAGGCAGCAAACAGAGUUCUCUCCACACAACUGGAAGGCAGAGGCACCUCUGCUUCUGGCGAUGGAAGUGGAGCAAAACCAUUGUGACUAGCGGCCUUUGAUAGCCCCCCCCUCCUCCUCCACGAAUCUGUCCAAUUCUCUUCUAAAGCCAUCUAAGUUGGUGGCCGUCCUGGGGGAGAGAGAUCCAUGGUUUAAUCAUGCACUGUGUGAGGAAGGGCUUCCUUUCCUCCUUCCAGAAGAAUUCUGAGUCAAAUGAUCUUCUUCAGAGCAUACAAGACAAGCUCUGCCGUUGGGUAAGGCCAGAGGGGGCCCAUCGAGUCCAGAACCCUGGUCUCACAGAUGCCCCAAUGGGCAGCCCAUGGGCAGGACCUGAGUGCCAGCACACUCUGGCCUCCUGUGGGUUUUCAGCAACUGGUGUUUCUCUUUGGCUUCGCGGCAAAGGACCCCCCCCCCCCACCUCCAUGAUGCCUUCCCUUCCCUUUUUGCGCAUUGCGUUAAAACUUCCAGCUGCCGGUGUGGAAGCUUUUCUCCUUCCCUGAAGAAAACCAGGAACAAAGGGUUGCCCUCUGCCCAUGCCCCGUGCCCAACUUCCCUCUCUGAGCGUGGUGCCGAUUAUGCUGCAAGCCGCGUGCCCUCGGCUGUACGGGAGCUGCCACCUCCUCGCUUAUAUAUGCCGGCUGCAUUUGCCCUGAAGAAAAGAAUGUCUUCUCUCUCUCUCUCUCUCUCUCUCUCUCUCUCUCUCUCCAGCUCACAAUCUGCACUUGGCAUCUGUGUGUAUGUGUGUGUUUGUGUGUGUGUGCAUGCACAAACACAGGCGUGCGAGAGCGGGGAGGAAAGGGCGCCAUUUGAGUCUAAAUAGAUUUUUCUCCUGAGCAGGUAAAAGAGGUUUAAUUAAAAUUAGGGCUCCUCUGAACAGCAAUAUUUAUGAGGGACGGCACAGGUUAGCUUUGUUCUCCAGAAGGGCUUAAUAGAAGCUUAAUGGAUUGACCCCCCCUCCCUCCACACGCGCCCGCCUGACUUCCAUUCUCCAGCCAGCCACUUGAGGGGAUGCGGAGCAAGAGCGGCUUUUAUGCGCCUGCAUUCCCUUAAGCGAUUGCAAUUUAUCAGAAGCCUCCAGCAGACAAAAGCGGCGCUGAAUGCAAAGAACUCUUGAGGGCAUAGAAAUUGUCCCGGCAGCUCCGCCUGUGUGUGGGGCGGCUUUUGUCGCAGGACGGAGUCUUUGCAGCCGCUCUCUCAAUGGAGCGCGUCGAUGUUAUUUGGACAACAUUCUUUAUGCCUUGCAGGAAUGAAAAGAUUAUUCAAAUAUUCAAUUAAACCGUGAAUAGGGUUUCUUCUGCAAACCAGGUGAGUUGAUCAAGACGAACCCUCUAUUGUUGCUCCACCUCAAAGUGUGUGUGUGGGGUGGGGGGGUGGGGUGGUAGGGAAGAGAAGGCUUCAGCAGCGUAACUUCUAGGGUGUGCGAGUGUGAGGGCUGCGUGUCCCCCUCCCCCUCUUUCUCCUGGAAACGAAAACCACGAUAAUGUUAUGCAGAUGAAGAGAUUCCAUAAUUGCAUGCCUGAUUAUCCCAGCAGUGACUCAGAAAUGAAAGGGGGCAGUCAGCACCUCAGGUGCUAAGCACAAGGCCCAGGUCAGGGGAACGUGGAAAGAGCCCUGAGGCAGGAUGGGGCCCGUGGCCCUCCCAGCCCUGCAGUCUGUUCUCCCAGUGGCCAGUGAGAUGCCCACAAGCAGCGGCCAAGCGCCAGAGAGUGCCCUCUCCCCUCCUGCUGUUUCCACCUGUGGGUCCCCAGAUGUUGUUGGACUACAACUCCCAUCAUCCCUGAGCUCUGGCCUUGCUAGCUAGGGGUGAUGGGAGUUGUAGUUCAACAGCCUCUGGGGACCCACAGACUGAGAAAGGCUGAUACAGUGGUUCUCCACCUGUGGUUGCCCAGAUGUCGUUGGACUACAACUCCCAUCAUCCCUGAGCUCUGGCCUUGCUAGCUAGGGGUGAUGGGAGUUGUAGUUCAACAGCAUCUGGGGACCCACAGACUGAGAAAGGCUGAUACCAGUAUUGAAAAGCAUUUGCAGAGGACAGCCAUCGUGGGUGGUAGCCAUGGGUAGUCCCUCCUUCCGUGGACUUGUCCAAUCCUCUUGGAAAGCUGUCCACAUCGGUGGCCAGCCCUGCCUCCUGCAGGAGGGAGUUCCAUAGUUUUACUCUGCUCUGUGUGAAGAAGCAUUUCCUUUGAUUUGUCCUGAAUCUUCCAACUUUCAGCUUCAUUGGCUACCCCCAAGAUUUAGCAUGAGGAGAGAGGAAGAAAAGUCUGCUUUCUCUGUGCCACGUGUAAUUCUAUGAGCAUCUAUGCUGCUGCCUCUUUCUCACUUUUCCUCUACACAAAAAAGUCCCAAAUGCUGCAGCCUUUCUUCACAGGGGAGUCCCUGCAUCCCCAGUGAACUUUGGGCUUCCAAAUUUCAGUGGCGCCCUGUGCAGCGCCAAAAUCCAGCCCCCCCAACCUAUUGCCUUCCGUUUCAUAUUGUUGCAGCACCCCCCCCCCAUGCUGCCCUCUCAGCUCAGCGCCCAGUGCAGACAAACUGGUUGCGCUCCCCUAAAUCCACCUCAUCCUUUGGGUUGCCCUUUUCUGAACUUUUUUCCAGUUGCGCAUCCCUUUUUGAGGUCAGGACACCAGAAGUGUCGCACCACAGGUUUGUCUAAUGCCAUUGUGAUACUGGCACUCCACCUUUUGGGAAGGCCUUGUUGGCCUUUAGUUGGGCUGGAUCCAGAACUUUGCACGGCUGAGAGAAGCAAGUCCUGUGUGCUUUUACAGGAAUGGGAGCCAUGCAGUCCUCUAACUGCCACCAGCCGUGGCCAGCCUGGUCAGGGACUACGGCAGCUGUGUGUCCAGCAAUGUAUGGAGGGCACCAGGCCACCCAGAACUGCUUUACAGAGGACACAAGGGCAGGUCGCUGCCCCAAGGAGCCUACAGCCUAAAAUUCUACCCAGGUGGGAUGCAGCAGGAAGCAAUAUGAUGUUGUUGUUGUUAUCAGUUACAUGUGGUUAGGCUCGGUUGUAUCCCCUGGGAACUGUGCAAGCCUUAGGGUGAGGUAUUUAAACCAGCCCUUUCUUCAGAACCAAGAGGACUGAAAUCUCACUGCUGUUUUUAAGGGAAAUGCCGUAGUUUUGCAGGAUAGCACCUGCUUCACCUGCAGGAGGUCCCAGAUUCAGGGCUUGGAAUGGGCUUUGCCUGAGGCUCUGGGGCUCUGCUGUCCUUCAGUGCCAGCAAACUCCAGUUUCAUUUGAGUUCUCUUGUUUUGAGAGAGGGAGAAUAACUUCCCUCUUUCUUCUGUGCCUUCCAUGGUUUUAUAUACUUCUGCCACACUGCGUCUUACUCACCUUUUCUCCAAAUCAAAAAGUCCCCAGAGCUGCAACCUCCAUCUAUGGCUCCAUCCUCACCUUGGUCAUUCUGAUGGCCCUUUCCCAAACCUUUUCUAAUGCUUUAAUCCCCCCCCCCCGAAAUGGGGAAAGUGCUUAUAAACACGUACAUACAAAUAACACACAACCCAAACAGAUUUAUUUCUUUAAAAAGAUCAGCAGCCACAAGCGCAACUAAAAUGGUUCUAUCCACUGAUUUGAUACAUGAAGACACCUGCACUUAAGUUAUUUCAGGAAAAACCCCUUAUAUCAACUUAUAUGCCAAAUGAUCUUACGCCUUCACAACAGUCAGGUUUGGGUGGUCUUUCAGAAUUAAGGGCAGAAUCUUAAUGUUUAAGGGUAUCAGAAGACAGUGUCCAGAGGUCCAACAUUUUUGAAAUGAUGACCAUUUUUUUCAUGGUUUCAGCCAAACCCUCAGUGGAGGAGCCACAACUCCCAUUUCCUCAGACAAACAGCAUCGGAAUAUUCCUUUUGGUAGAUUUAUAAAUCUCUUCAUAGGUUUCUUCAUCCAUUUCUAUUGUUGUCACGGUCUCCUCAACAUCACCCCAAAUCAUAUUUAAGUGCUGGUCACAAGCAUGUAAUCUGCCUCAAAGUUUUCGGUCAUUUCUCAUUUUUACAUCAAUUCGUUCAUCAAGACCGAGCCUGAUGAGACCCAAGGGCUCUUCUACGGUAUUUGUGGUUUGUUGCUGGUCCACCACCAUUUUUCCAAAGCCCCUUCAAUUCCCUUUUGGGGGGGAGGCCAGAAUUCUGUGGUUCUAGGCUGAGUGUUGGGAGUGAGAGGGAGGGAGGAGAGGUUUUGGUGGCUCCCCCAGAGUGCCCGCUGUGACUUCCCAGCUAGCCUUGAAAAGGCCCUGCCUCAUCUCCCCCUUGUGAGAUGGCGAGAACAGGUGGCUGCCCAGCAUUGAGCUGGAGCCCCACUGCUGUUGCUUGGCCCCUGCCCUCCCCCAGUGGCCCCCCUCCACGCCCCACUGAUGAAGUCAGGCCCAAGGAAGGACGCUUGCAUUGGCAGCUUUUGCAGAGUUUUCAAGAGCAGUGUACAUGAGCAGGCACAUUUUCCGGCAGGUGCACAGCUUAAGAGGGAUAUGCUUAUCGCUGCACCUUCACACCUGUCUCUCUCAUCCUCCUUCCCCUUGCUUUUUGGCUGAGCUCCUUCAGGCACCUUGGAUCACGGUUUCCAUGUCAGCUGAGCCCUGCUGUCACCUGGGAAGGCCAAACAGAUUAAGCCCCAAUCCCUCCAGCCGGUGUUUAGAGAGGAACACAACAGAGCGGCUUUGAAGUGAAGGUUUGUUUAGGGAACACCAUAAUGCAAGAAGAAGAACUGAUUGUCCGAUAAAGUUUGUUUAUUUCGCAUAGCCUUUACCAGCGUGAUGCUCAUCUGCAAAAUAUAAGGCUGGCGAGGUCAGUCCUUGUUCAUCCAGGCAGAUGAAGCUUAUGAAGGUAGGAAGAGCCAUUAGCUGGAUCAGGCCAAUGUGCUAUCUAGUCCUGUUCUCACAGUGGCUGACUAGAUGCUUGUGGGAAACCAGCAAGCAGGAUCCUUGCACAAGAGCAGAUCUCAUCUCCUGUGUUUUCCUGCAUCUGGUAUUCAGAAGCCUCGCUGCCUCUUGACCACGGAGACACAGCGCAGUAACUGUGGCUCGUCUCCUCCUCCUCCAUGGGUUUGUCCAAACCUCCAUCAAGGCUCUCCAAAUUGGUGGCCAUCAUUGCCUCCUGUUGGGACGCGGGUGGCGCUGUGGGUUAAACCACAGAGCCUAGGACUUGCUGAUCAGAAGAUCGGUGGUUCGAAUCCCCGCGACGGGGUGAGCUCCCGUUGCUCGGUCCCUGCUCCUGCCAACCUAGCAGUUCGAAAGCACGUCAAAGUGUAAAGAGAUAAAUAGGUACCACUCUGGCGGGAAGGUAAACAGUGUUUCCAUGCGCUGCUCUGGUUCGCCAGAAGUGGCUUAGUCAUGCUGGCCACAUGACCCGGAAGCUGUACGCCGGCUCCCUUGGCCAAUAAAGGGAGAUGAGCGCCACAACCCCAGAGUCGGUCAUGACUGGACCUAAUGGUUAGGGGUCCCUAUACCCUUACCUUUAUUGCCUCCUGUGGGAGGAAGUGCCAUAGUUUAAUGUUGCGCUACAUGAAGAACUAGGGACGCGGGUGGCGCUGUGGGUAAAAGCCUCAGCGCCUAGGACUUGCCGAUCGAAAGGUCGGCAGUUCGAAUCCCCGCGGGGGGGUGCGCUCCCGUCGCUCGGUCCCAGCGCCUGCCAACCUAGCAGUUCGAAAGCACCCCCGGGUGCAAGUAGAUAAAUAGGGACCGCUUACUAGCGGAAAGGUAAACGGCGUUCCGUGUGCUGUGCUGGCUCGCCAGAGCAGCUUCGUCACGCUGGCCACGUGACCCGGAAGUGUCUGCGGACAGCGCUGGCUCCCGGCCUCUAGAGUGAGAUGAGCGCACAACCCUAGAGUCUGUCAAGACUGGCCCGUACGGGCAGGGGUACCUUUACCUUUACCUUUACAUGAAGAACUACUUCCUUUUCUCUGUCCUAAUCUCAACAUUUAGCUUCGUUGGACACCCACGAGUUCUGGUGUCGUCAGGCGAGAGGGAGGGGGGGAAAACUCUGCUUUCUCCACACCACAUGCAAUUGUAUAUGCUUCCGUCAGGUCACAUCAAGUUCCCUUUUCUCUUUUCCCCUGUGAGUCUCUCCAUCAACCUCAGCCGUUUUGCAGAUAUCAGCCGAUGGCUUCUGCGAGCUUUGCAAGCGACAACUUCCAUGUUUGCGGCCUGUGUGCCCAGGAGGAAGUCCCUCUGUUCAAGAGAGGUUACCCCAUUCAAUGCGUGUCCCCCCUUAUUUCCCCUCCCCCCUCCCCUCCCCCCCCGCUGCAGAUGUGAAAUACUUGGAGAAUUCGAGUGUGGUGAAGGAAGCCCAGGAGAAGGCUCACGCAGCCCUGAUGCAGUACACCGUCUGCAACUACCCGCACACCACAGACAAGUUCCGCCAGCUUCUGAUGCAUCUGUCUGACAUCCGGUCCCUGAGCAUGCAAGCGGAGGAGUACCUGUACCACAAGCACCUGAGCGGGGACGUGCCCUGCAACAACCUCCUGAUUGAGAUGCUCCACGCCAAGCGGAGCUGAGAGCGCCCGGAAAGGCUCUCCGUCCCCCCUUCGUCUGGGGAAGAGACUCGUGGCAGCAGAGGGGCAAGGGUGGUGGCAGGGAGGAUUGGGGGGGGGGGUUGUCAGGUGACAGGGAGGAAGGGUGAGUGUCUCGUCGUCCCCUCCCCACAGGCGACCUCUCCCAGUUCCAACUUUCCUACAAAGCCCAACCCUUGCCUGCAUUUUGGUGUGAUUCCUCCCGAGUCCCAGGCUCUCACUCUCUAAAAGCCAUGGGGCUAAGCUGUGUGGGGACUGCCCUUGGAGGCCAUUUAGGGGACACUUUGGGUGGGAGUUUGCUUUCCUAACUGGACGGAAGAGAAGUCUUCUCCCAGGGUGUGUGAGAGUGGAGGCAUCUGCCCAAGCUCUCCACCUGUUCUCCAGGCAUGGUCCUCUAGCUAGGUGGCUGAGAAAAGAGAGAAAAAGGCCCAGCACCCCUACCCAUUGGAAGGCCCCUGCACCUCACCUGUCCCUCUGCAGGUAGUGGCCUUGUUGGCCACAAGGAUGAUUUCUGUGGCCCAUGGGCCACCAUGAGAGCGAGUUUGUUGUGCCUCAGAUACACUGAAGCCCCUCUUCCCCUUGGGGCUUCAUUUUGGGAGACCUUUCUCGGAGGCCUUGCAGCUAUGAGUUGAGCAAGUCAGGUGCUCCUUUUAUUUUCAUUUUGUUAUCUGUUUAUUGCAUUCAUAUAUCUAUAUAUCUAUAUAUAUUCUUCCCCCUCCCGUGCACAUCACAUUCCCUGAGCCUCUACUCUGUGUUGGGAGGAUACAAUAAUCGAUGUUUGUUUCCUGAAUGUAUUUUUUGCCGUUGUACCUUUGGAGGAGGUGCUCAGAUCGUCUUUCUGUGUGCUUCCUGGGGUGGGGUCUUCCUUCGUCCACCUCUGAACACAACCACUACUUUGGCUGGACAAAUAGACCCAGCUAGAAGCACUGCUUGCCCAGUCCACGACCUAGGCAGCUCUUACUACCCCGAGUGGUUUGAUGGAGACCCAGACACACGUACCCCUCUCACAGGGCUCCCCCAUCUCCUUCUGAGGAGCAUCACACCAGGGUGUGACCCACAGACACCAGUGUUCUUGUGGGGCUUGGGACAAGAGGCUGCAUUCCUGUACAGUGGUACUUCUGGUUACGUACUUAAUUCGUUCCGGAGGUCCGUUCUUAACCUGAAACGGCUCUUAACUUGAGGUACCACGUUAGCUAAUGGGGCUUCCUGCUGCCACUGCACUGCCAUUGCACAGUUUAUGUUCUCAUCCUGAAGCAAAGUUCUUAACCCAAGGUACUAUUUCUGGGUUAGCAGAGUCUGUAACCCGAAGCGCCUGUAACCCGAGGUACCACUGUAUUGCAAUAUCUUUUUGAGUGUUUUUGUACGGGAGGCUCUGCAGCCCUGGCCAAUCCUAUGCCCCAACUAUUGGGACUGCAGGACAGUAGCAUAUUAUGCGCAUCUAAUCUGGUGUGAUUUCAACCAUAUACGGUUGAAGGUCGGCUGAUUGAAAUUUCAAUAUUUAAAUUCAGGCAAGGAUCUUAAAACCUCUUUUUGUGCCAUGUCUGCUUGGGCUCACCUGGCAGGCAAUGUGCUUUCACACUCUCUGCUUCGGUUGGGGAGCUCUGGUUUUCAUCUACCUGAAACUACUGAUUGGGAUCAUCUGGAGUUUAGUCUUGUUGGUCUUCCAGAGGGCCUGCUGAGGUUUGGUACGAGCCCUCCUGGAACAUGACUUGAACCCCCAAGGACAUUAGAACUGUAAAGUUGGAAGGGUCAUCUAGUCCAGCCCCCUGCAAGGCAGGGGAUCUCAACCAGAUCAUCCAUGACAAGUAGCCACCCAACCUCUGCUUAAAUACCUCCAAGGAAAAAAGAGUCCAGCAUCUCUCAUAGAAGUCUGCUCCACUGUCAGUAAAUUCUUCUUGAUAUUGAGCUGGAAUCUCCUUUCUUUUGACUUGAAUCCAUUGGUUUGGGUCCUAACCUUUGGAGCUGGAGGAAACAAACUUGCUCUAUCCUCCAUGUGACAGCCCUGGAGUUAUUUGAAGAUGGUGAGCCAUCUCCUCUCAGUCUCCUCUUUUCCAGGCUAAACAUACCCAGUUCCAACAACCUCGCCUCAUAAGGCUUGGUUUUCAGACCCUGGGUCAUCUUGGUCACCAUCCUCUGCACAUCUUCCAACUUGUCAACAUCCUUCCUAAACUGUGGAGCCCAGAACAAGACGCAGUAUUCCCAGUGUGGUCUGACCAAGGCAGAAUAGAGAGGGACUAUCACUUCCCUUGAUCUGGACACUAGACUUCUGAUAACUCAGCCUAGAAUAGCUUCGGUUUUUUUGCUUCUGCAUCACACUGUUGACUCAUGAUAAACUUGUGGUCUACUAAGACCCAUAUAUCCUUUCCCCAUGUAUUACUUAGCCCCCCUCUUAUAUUUGUACAGCUGUUUCUUCCUACCUAAGUGUAGAAGCAUAUAUUUGUCCCUACUGAAAUUCAUUUUGUUAGUUUUGUUAGUUCUUUGAUAUGUUAAAGUCAUCUUGAAUCCUGAGUCUGCAGCAUUAGCUAUCCCUCCCCACCUGCAGAUUCCUUAAUCCAAGUCAUUUAUAAAGACAUUGAACAACAACAGGACAGAACCCUGUGGAACAUCACUUGUCACUUUGUUCCAGCAUGGUAAGGAACCAUUAGUGAGCUCUCUUUGGGUUUAGUCGGUCAACCAGCUACAGAUCUACAGCCCACGUUUACCAGCUUAUCUGCAAGACUAUCAUGGGAGACUUUGUCAAAAGCCUUACUGAAAUGAAGAUAUAUUAUGUCCACAGCAUUCCCUGGAUCCACCAAUGCUGUAACUUGAUCAAGAUCAGAAAUUAGAUUCGUCUGGCAUGACUUAUUUUUGAGAAAGUCAUGCUGGGUCUUAGAAAUCACAGCAUCCUUUUCUAAGUGCUCACAGUUUGACCGUUGAAUUAUCUGUUCUAGGACCUUUCCUGGUAUCAAUGUCAAGCUCACUGGUCAGUGGUUACAUGGGUCUGCUUUCCCUCUCUUUGAAGAUGGGGACACCUCCAGUCUGUAGGGACCUCACCUGUUCUCCAAGAAUUCUCAAAGAUCAUAGACAGAGGCUCUGAGAUCACAUCUGCAAGCUCCUUUGGUACCCUUGGGUGCAGCUCAUCAGGCCCUGGAGAUCUGAAUUCAUUUAAAGUAGCCAGGUGUUCCCUUACCAUCUCUUUUCCUAUCUUGGACUGCAGCUCCCUCCAUACAUCAUUGAUUCAGUUAGCACCAGGUUGGGCAUCGCUUUCCUUGUGGGUGAAGACAGAGGCAGAGUAGGUGUUGAGUAGUUCCGCCUUCUCUCUGUCGCCCGAUAGCCUUUGCCCGUCUUCUCCAUGCAGAAGACCUUCCACUUACUUGUUGUUCCUCUUGCUUUGAAAACAGUAAUAAAAUGUCAGGAAUGACUCAGUUGUUUUAUAGCAGAGGUUGCACCAGGUGAAGGCAGGGCUUCCGUGUUUGUUUUCUCCUUGCUCCCCUUUUCUCAGUGGAAGCCCUCAGCCCCACCCACCCUUGCCCUGUGACCAAGUGGAGCUCCUCUCUGACCUGGGAUUUGGUGGCGCCCCGUCAGAGCCAAGCCACAGCUCUGUGGAGGAGCAGCUGUGAGGCUGUUGUGUGCCUUCCCACCAGACCUUUGCAGAGCCUUUGAUGAAGAAGCCUUCAGACGCUUUGACAAUGCUGCUGUGAUCGCUUCAUUUCCCCCCCUGUGGGUUUUGAUUACACCGCUGCAUUUUCUGCUCCACAUAUAAUGUUUGGACUACUUUUGCGUGUCUCUUCUGGUUCGAAAGAGUUGGAGAAGACAGUUUGGAAGUGCCAAGCUCUGCCUGUAUUAUGUUUUUUUUCCCUUAUGAAAUAAAAAGUGCUCUUAAGUGUCUCCCUUCUCAACAUUUUACUCAGAAGGUCCUUCUGAGCAUUGGUUAGUGGUGAACUAUCUUACCAAAUAAGACAUUCCAAUAAAUUUUUCAAUUCACUUAUA